AUGGGCAAAGCGGGCGCCGCUUUCCAUGUCUUCGGGCUGAUCCUGUUCGCCUCCGCGGUUUGGGGUAAGCGAGUUAGUUUGUUGUUGUUUAGUUAUGCCCGACUCUUCGUGACCCCAUGGACCAGAGCACGCCAGGCACUCCUGUCUUCCACUGCCUCCCGCAGUUUGGUCAAACUCGUGCUGGUAGCUUCAAGAACACUAUCCAACCAUCUCGUCCUCUGUCGUCCCCUUCUCCUUGUGCCCUCCAUCUUUCCCAACAUCAGGGUCUUUUCCAGGGAGUCUUCUCUUCUCAUGAGGUGGCCAAAGUAUUGGAGCCUCAGCUUCAGGAUCUGACCUUCCAGUGAGCACUCAGGACUGAUUUCCUUCAGAAUGGAUAAGUUUGAUCUUCUCGCAGUCCACGGGACUUUCAAGAGUCUCCUCCAGCACCAGAAUUCAUAAGCAUCAAUUCUUUGGCGAUCAGCCUUCUUUAUGGUCCAGCUCUCACUUCCGUACAUCACUACUGGGAAAACCAUAGCUUUAACUAUACGGACCUUUGUUGGCAAGGUGAUGUCUCUGCUUUUUAAGAUGCUGUCUAGGUUUGUCAUUGCUUUUCUCCCAAGAAGCAGGCGUCUUUUAAUUUCGUGACUGCUGUCACCAUCGGCAGUGAUCAUGGAGCCCAAGAAAGUAAAAUCUCUCACUGCCUCCAUUUCUUCCCCUUCUAUUUGCCAGGAGGUGAUGGGACCAGUGGCCAUGAUCUUUGUUUUUUUGAUGUUGAGCUUCAGACCAUAUUUUGCGCACUCCUCUUUCACCCUCAUUAAAAGGUUCUUUAAUGAGUUAGCUAGCGGCGCGCAAAAAAAGGCGCCUCUCUCGUGCGAGCUUUUCCACUGGCGAGCAUCUCCCGUCUCUUUUCACGCAUCUCCUUCCCUAGCAAGAUUCCCAGUUUUAGACUCCUUUGCAAGCCAAGAAGGGAAACUUGGAAGGCGACUUUCCUUCAGGGAAACUUUGUGUGUGAUCUUUUCAAUUCUUUUCUUUGAAUCACUGUUUGGAGCAAAGCAAGCCUUUGCAACUCCCUGUCCUUAGGGAAAGGGUCAAAUCCGGAUUUACGUGAGUGAUUUGUUGGGAGUAGGUUCUCCUCCUAGAGGCGUGCUUCCUCACACCCCACCCCUCAGGGUCCAAGUUACUUUGGAGGUCUAGGAAUGCCAGCAAGGAUUUAAUUUAAUCUGGAUUACCACCCCUUUUGCAGAAAUAAGGUUGCUUCUGUUUGUUGAGCUGUCAUUCGGAUUCGUUCGCAGGGAGGUUAUACGAGGUCGGUGCCAAGCAGUUGUUAAUCCCACACUUUUCCGUUGAGUUUCCCUGUCACUUUACUUACCGCGGAAAAGUUUGAUAUUUUAGAAAUGCAUGUUUCUUGCAGCUCGGACUCUGCUUUCUAAGCGCGGGGCAAGCGCAAGUGAGAACGAGCCCUAUAAUUGCACAACCUGGAACUUGCUGGCAUGCAAUUAAAUCCCACAUGCAAAAGAGUAAGACUUUUCUUUAAAAUGUUUUUUUCUGUUUUAUUAAAUUUGCUUAGUAACAUAACAUUAUUAUAUAUAUUCUAUAUAACAAAGAAUACAGAACAAAAUUCAUUCAUACUACAAUGCAUAACUACAUAACAUUAAUAUAUAUGGUUUCUGAAAAAAAGGCUUACACAACAAAAUCAAUUCAAAAUACCAUUCGGUUUACUUCCCCCCUCCCUCCCCACUCCAGCCCUCCCCGCCCCCAGUCAGAUCGUCCUUCAUAUCUUUAUCCAUGUACACAGUCUGUUCAUUCGAGCUUGUAUGUUAGGGUUGGCUUCCCCUCUUUCUAUCCAGUUCCUGUAAAAUGCCCAUUUAUUUUUGAUUCAGUAAGACUUGAAUCAGUUUAAAAAAACUUUUGCCAAUGGUGUUUGCCAUAUCUGAUACCUUUUGCCAUAACCCCUUUGAGGGUCCCCCCCUCCAAUCAAGCAGUGUAUACAUUUUAUGACAUAUUUAUAAACUAUCUUCCAAGAAGUUCAAGGUAGUGUACAUGGUUCUCCUCCUCCCCGUUUCAUCCUCACAACAACCUUGUGAGGUAGGUUCAGCUGAGAAAUGGUGACUGGACCAAGGUCACCCUGUGUCUGAAUGACCGUUUUGCAGUCUUAAGCUCCCGUCUGUUUCCUUUGGCGUUCUAAAGAUUCAUGCCGUCUGUGGAGCUGUUAAGGCCGGUACUUGACUUGACUCUCCCCAUCGUAACUUGCAAGGCUCAGCGUCCAGUCUACAGGCUCAUCCAGGCAACUGCCAUUGCAUCCCAUAAUAUCAGAGGAAGGAUCCUCACGCAGAACAGUGCCCGCUUCUUUUCUCAAAACAGUAUAAAAGGUGACUCGAGGCAGGGGCGGCUUAAUGGCGCUUCCAGACUGUCUCUGUUUUCGGUAUUGCAUACCGGCCAAUUGAGGUUGCGCAAUUACAGGUGAUGAGUAGGAAAAGUUGCACAACAAACCUGCUUCCCCCCAAAGACAAGACUUUUUGUGAUAAAGAAAGUCAUGGGGCAAUGCCCUAGAAAGCUUGAUGCAUCUUCCUGGCCAACAGGAUGAAUGCUCAGUAAAGAAGUUGUCAGGAAGUGACUAAAUUUGCAAAUGGGAUGGCUAGAACAGGGGUCAGCAAACUUUUUCAGCAGGGGGCCGGUCCACUGUCCCUCAGAUCUAGUUGGGGGCCGGACUAUUUUUUGAAGGGGAAAAAAAUGAACGAGUUCCUAUGCCCCACAAAUAACCCAGAGAUGCAUUUUAAAUAAAAGCACACAUUCUACUCAUGUAAAAACACCAGGCAGGCCCCACAAAUAAUCCAGAGAUGCAUUUUAAAUAAAAGGACACAUUCUACUCAUGUAAAAACACGCUGAUUUCCAGACUGUCUGCGGGCCGGAUUUAGAAGGUGAUUGGGCUGGAUCUGGCCCCCGGGGCCUUAGUUUGCCUACCCAUGGGCUAGAAUAUCACCAGCUCUUUGAGACUUUCAAACAAGACAAAAAAAAUGGAUUUAACAACGAGCCCUCAAAAUUAGAAAAGGAAUUGUUAAAUAAUACCAAAAUCAUUUCCAGAAUGUACCGACUCCUCCUUGACUGGGAAGUCAAGGAGGAUGAGGUGAAGGCGGUAAUGAUUAAAUGGGCACAAGACAUCGGACGCACCAUCAUGAUGAGUGAAUGGGAGACCCUUUGGAAAACUAACAUGAAUUUUACGGCAUGUUACACCAUUAAAGAAAACAUGAUGAAAAUGCAGUUUAGAUGGUACCUUACACCAUCAAAACUCUCCAAGAUGUAUAAAAAUAUUUCAGACAAAUGCGGGCCGUGUGGAGAAACAAAAGGAGAUAUGUACCAUAUGUGGUGGACAUGCCGAAAAAUUAAAGAGUUCUGGAACCUCAUUUAUGAUGAGAUGAAAAAGAUCUUUAAAUUAACAUUCUCAAAGAAGCCAGAAGCAUUUCUGCUUGGAAUUGUAGGCAGUGAUAUCCUGAAAAAUAGAAGAGAAAUCUUUUUAUAUGCGACAGCCGCUGCCCGGUUAUUAAUUGCAUCAAACUGGAAAGGGGGGAAAGUACCAACAGUAAGGGAAUGGCAGAAUAUGUUACUAGACUAUGCAGAAAUGGCUCAAUUGACAAAUAGAUUAAGGGGAAAUACAAAACAAUCAUUCGCACAAAAAUGGGAUAUGUUCAAGAAAUACCUACAAAAAUAUAAUAACGACAUAACAUCUAUGGCAGCGUUUGAAUGACCCUUGUGUAAAUUAAACAUUGAUAAAUAAGGGGAAAUGGUACGAUUUGUUAUAAGAAAGUAUUAGAAAAUAUAUUAAGAGUAAGGUAAUAAGUACAUUCAGUGUUGUAAAUGUAAAGUACAUCGGGAAAUGACAUAGUUUAGUUUUUUGUAUUCUACUUUGGUUUAUUUUUGUUUAGUUAGAAAGUAUAAGAAAAGAACGCGUAUAAGUACAAGUUUAAAUCAAUAACAGUAUAAUUCUUUAAGAGUGUUAUCAGUUUUACCUUUUCUUUGUACGUGUAUUUAAGAUUGUGUAUGAUAUCCUUGGAUGUCUAAUAAUAAUAAUAAUAAUAAUAAUAAAUUUGCAAAUGGGUUGUUGAGAUACAGCAAGCCUGCAGCAUACAAGCAUUUAACUUGUAUGCGUUCAGCUUUCCAUGCUUGGCAAUUAAAAAAAUUAAAAGAGCUGGGAGCUAUAGCUCUUGUGAGGAGGUAAACUACAGUUCCCGGGUUUAUUUGCUUUAAAUGUUGGAGGUGUUUGUUCGGAUGGUCCCAUCCCCAAAUUUGGUCUCUUCCCUGCUGAAACAUGGACAUGCUGUUCACACACCAAUAUUCCUUACACCCACUCACUGCCUCCACCCCUGCCAAAUACUUUAAUCUCAUUCUAUUCCUGUGGUAAUUUCUGGAGCUACAUUUGUUUUAUGGCUCUGUGAAACCUUGACCUUGGCACUGGUUUACCUCCAGAGAUCUAGCCCCUCUCCUGAAAUGCUGAGAGUAUGCUGAGCUUCUCCUUUCCCUAAUACAAUAUGGCCAGGUAUUGAUUUUAGGUUUGCAGAGAGAUGGAGUCACCGCCUUUUCCCAUAGGACAUUCGUAGUUCAUUUCCCCACCCCUAUUGUGUCCUGGGCAGAGUACGUGCAUGUUAAGCGGUUUGGCAAAUUCUGAUAAUUCUUCCAAAGGAAGUCUUGAAUCAUUCCCUUUGACCUGAGCAAAUAGUUAACAGAAGUGUUUUCUAGACGGGCAGGAAAGUGGAUUAGGACAGUCUGUGGGUGGGAAACGAGCAUGGGAACGGAAUUGCAUUUCGUAAUGACUGUUAUUUAUUUAUUGAAUUUAUAUACUGCUCUAUACCUGGAGGUCUCAGGGUGGUUCACAGAAAAGAUCGCAAUAUUUUAAAUCAAAACAAGAACAAUAACCCAAUAACUCCCCCCCCCCAAAGAGCCACAUUUUAAAAGGGUAUAGGAUAGCCAUCAGAUCAACCAAAGGCCUGGUUAAAAAGGAACGUUUUUGCCUGGUGCCUAAAGUCCUAUAAUGAAGGUGCCAGGCGAACUUCCCUGGGGAGAGCAUUCCACAGACAGGGAGCCACUGCAGAGAAGGCCCCGUUCUCGUGUUGCCACCCUCCAGACCUCUCAAGGAGGAGGAGGAGGGCCUCAGAAGAUGAUCUCAGGGUCUGGGUAGGUUCAUAUGGAAAGAAGCAGUCCUUGAGGUAUUGCGGUCCUGAGCCGUUUAAGGCUUUGUAGUCAAAACCUGCACUUUGAAUUGGUUCCGGAAACUAAUUGGUAGCCAGUGCAGUAAGACCAGGAGCGGUGUAAUAAUGCUCAAACCGACUUGCUCUGGUGAGCAACCUGGCCACUGAAUUCUGCACUAGCUGAAGUUUCAUUCUCCCCCCACCCCUUAGGAUACCUUUAUUUAUUUAUUUAUUUAUUUAUUUAUGGAAAUUAAACAAAACAUAUUAUCUUAAAACAUAUCAUCCUUAAUUCCACCCCCCAUUUCCCCCUCCCCCUCCUUCCCAUAAAACAAGCCACCCCCCCCCGCCCCCCAAUUUCUCUCAGUUCCAAUAUCUGAUAGUAAAUACUAUUCUCUGCAUGUUAGAGUUGUAUAAAUCCUUAAUUUGUCUAACUGGUUAUUAUCAAUGAAAAGUUUGUGAGUGUUUAUUCAAAACCUGCCAAGGAGACCAAUUCACUUUGUUGCAUCUUUAGAUACUUUGUAAAAUAUUCCCAUUCCUUUUUAAAGUCACAGUUAUCCUUGUCAAUUUAUGUGUCAAUAUUGCCAGUUCUGCAUAGUCCAUCAGUUUCUCUUGCCAUAAUUCUUUGGUCGGAAUUUCCUCAGUCUUCCAUCCUUGUGCUAUUAAGACGCUCGCCGCUGUUGUCGCAUACAUGAAGAUACUUUUCAACUUCUUUGGCAGGUCUUUCCCCACAAUCCCUAACAAAAAUGCUUCAGGUUUUUAAACAAAUGUUAGAUGGAACAUUUUCUUCAAUUCAUUGUAUAUCAUUUCCCAAAAUUUCUUAAUUUCAUUGCAAUCCCACCACAUGUGGUAAAAUGUCCCCUCCUUUUUCUUAUACUUCCAACACAAAUUUGAGCUAGUUUUAUACAUUUUUCCUAACUGCACUGGUGUCAUAUACCAUCUAUACAUCAUCUUCAUAUACGGUGGUACCUCAGGUUACAUACGCUUCAGGUCACAUACGCUUCAGGUUACAGACUCUGCUAACUCAGAAAUAGUACCUCGGGUUAAGAACUUUGCUUCAGGAUGGGAACAGAAAUUGUGCUCCGGCGGCAGCAGGAGGCCCCAUUAGCUAAAGUGGUGCUUCAGGUUAAGAACAGCUUCAGGUUAAGAAUGGACCUCCGGAAUGAAUUAAGUACUUAACCCGAGGUACCACUGUACUCUACAUUUCUUUGGGGGCUCAAGCAGAGAAAGGUCUUUGCAGCAACCUUGAUCCUUUUAUCCAGAGACUCUGGGGAAUGAACCUGAGAGCUUAUGCAGCCAAAUCUUGUGUUUGUAACUCUUAAGCUUCCAAAUGGCGCACAGGAAAAGAUUUAAGCCAUCCUGCCACUUGCUUCCAUCUAAUGAAGUGAAGUAAAAGAACAGCUACGGAAACAUCAACAGGCCACACGUCUUAUGUCUUGUCCCUGUGUUUCUGUACAAACAGCUGCGUACAGAAACAUACAGUGCCAUGCACUGGAGAUCACUUCAGCUAAUAAGAACAUUCCAUUCCUUUUCAUUGGUGCCUGAGUGCAAGUGGGACCUACAACAAUGUGUUGUAAUACAGUAUAUCCUCGCUUCCUAGUAAGAGAGUGCGUGUUGAGAAUAUCAGCCAGCCAGCCAGCCAUGCUCCUGUUCAGGAUACCCUAAGCUGUAAGAAGCUCAAGCAGGCAAAUUAUCUAUCUCCCUCCUGCCUCCUCCUUACUUUAGUAUAUUUGUAAGGUUCCCCUCAAUUGACUCUCAACAUUUCAGGACUUGUGAGAAGCCAUCAAGCAUGCUUUUGUGUUCUGUAUUUGUGGGUGUUGGGGCCUUUUGAAUUACCGUAUAUAAAAAAAGUAUUGUGCCUCUGCCUGCCUUGGUGUAGAGUGCCUUCCUGACUCCCAUUUUAUUGGCACACACUACCUGAACUUGCUGUUUGUGGGACAGACUAUCAUAUGAUUCUUGAGGCCACAUUAGCUACGACAGACACAUGUCACUCUUCAUGCGCCUUCCCUGCUCAUGUAUCUAGCAAGGAGUAGGAUAUAUCAGAACUGGGGAUGGAGGGAACUGGCUGGAGGAAGUGGCGGCAAAGUGGGUGGUGGUGGGGAUGGACUCAGAACCCAUCUCUGGUAUGUUGUCUUUGUAAGUAAAAUCCUUCCCCUCUACUUUAUCGGACCCUCAAAGUGUCCCUGUUUUCCAGGGACAGUCUGGGAUUUACAGAAGCUGCCCAGGUUUCUGAUUUGAUCUCAGAUUGUCCCACUUUUCCUUAGGGCACCUUUAUUUUCAUCGGAGAAAUGUUGUAGGAUACAGUCAUUCCUCUUGUUAAGUUUGCUUCAGGUUGACUCUUUUCAGGUUGCGUCCCGCAGCGACCCAGAAGUAACGGAACGGGUUACUUCCGGGUUUCGCCGCUCGCGCAUGCGCAGACGCGGCAAGUCGCUACCCGCAGACGUGCAGAUGCGGGUUGUGUUCUGCUCAUGAUGCGAACGGGGCUCCGGAACGGAUCCCGUUCGCAUCCAGAGGUACCACUGUAUAUGGAGUUUUGUGACCACCCAGCCAAGGAGGUAACUAUACAACCUUUGGAAGACAUCUGAAGGCAGCCCUGUAUAGGCAAGUUUUUUCCACAAUGUUUAAUGUUUCAUUAUUUUUUAUAUAUAUGUUGGAAGCUUCCCAGAGUGGCUGGGGCAACCCAGUCAGAUAGGCGGGGUAUAAAUAAUAUAAUUAUUACGGCAUUGGCCCAAAUAUAAGCCGCACCUGAAUAUAAGCCACACCUUUAACAUUCAAGGGGGGGGGAGAGAAAAAAGACAAUACCUGAAUAUAAACCGCUCCCUUAAAAUUCCGCAGGCACUCACACCCGUUCCGUUUUACCGUAUGUCUGUUGCAGCAGCGAUAUCGUCAAAGCCAGUUUUUGUAAGGUCACGAAUUUUAGCCGCACUUUAACGUUUCACGGUCAGAAUUUGGGGGAAAAAGUGAGGCUUAUAUUCAGGCCAAUACAGUAUUAAUAUUAUAGAAUAGGACGUCCCUGUUUUCAUCAGAGAAAUGUUGGAGGGUGUGCUUUAUGUGUCAGUGAGCUGGACGCUUGAAUCAGGAUGGGCCUUUCCACAUCUAUUUUGGACCAGUCACAUGUUUAUUUAGCUGGACCUCUUCCUCCGAAUACUUAUUGUUUCCUCCAUGCAUUUGUUCAGUCAUUUGUUCAUACGGCACAAUCUCUUUGGAUUUUCCCUUAUCUUAUUGUUCCGGUGCUGUGCUUUGUAUUAUGCACAACAUGGGCAGAAAGGGCAGCAAAGGGAGAAUGGGGCGUCAUGGCAAACCAGAUCCAAGAUAAAUUGCGCAGGGGAAAUCCGCUCCACUUAGCAGGGGGGAGGAGUUGCGGUGGACGACGUGGCCACCAACUCCCCUCCAGGGGCGGGGGACUGGGAGCCAGUGUUGUGUAGUGGUUAAGAGCAGUGGACUCGUAAUCUGGUGAACUGGGUUCAAUUCCCCACUCUUCCACAUGCAGCUGCUGGGUGACCUUGGGCUAUUCACACUUCUGUGAAGUCUCUCAGCCCCACUCACCUCACAGAGUGUUUGCUGUGAGGGAGGAAAGGUAAGGAGAUUGUGAGUCGCUUUGAGACUCCUUAGGGUACUGAUAAAGCGGGAUAUCAAAUUUAAAAUCCAAAUCCAAACCCAGAGGCUCCCUGUCACGCCAUCACCCAGCCAGCCAAUCUGCUGGCUGAGAAGGUGUGACCAGGCCCCAUUUAAACAAAGCCGUGAGCCAGAGAGCUUUCUCUCUUGGCUCGCUUCCUCAAUCUCCCACCUGCCCUCCCUAAUUUGCAGGCUUCGACAUUGGCCUUGCUAUGGGGUUGGUCGCCAUUGAGGGGCCUGGUAGGAAUUUUUCCACUUGGCAGAUGGGCAAGGGCCAUUUGGUUUUCACCUACCUCGUAGCAAUUGUCACAACUUUGUAAGAUUUGGCUGUUAGGCAUUGGUUGAUCUUAUGAUGGAGGAGGGGAGGUGUGGCCAUCACCUGCCCCUCCAAGCUUAAGGGUAUUCCUUUGAAGGAAUCCGGGGGUGUGGAUCUUGUCCGAAGUCCGGGACUGAGCUAGUCCACGACCCCUUCGGGAACCCUGGGAGAGCUCGAGUUGGUUUGCAUCGACGGGGCUCCCCUAUCGGUGGUUGACUCUUACCGAAUUCCCUGCAUGAUGGGUGGGAGUCAGAUAUAGUCAACUCCAGUGCCUAAGCCAAUACCACUCACAUUCUGUAACCAAUAAAGUUGUGGCCAAAUUUUGCCCAAUAACAUUAACCUAAUAUCCGUGUCCUUGUGUCUCAUUCAUUGCCGGGGGCGUGGUUUCGGGGUCUCGACACGCAACCGUGUUGCAGGCAUGAUGCUUUCAUAUGGGCACUUCCGGGCUCUGUUUCUUGGGUGGGAUUCAGUCACAUGCCUGGAAAUUCAGGUUGUGCAAUUAGAGUUGAUUUGGAAGUCUUGCAUGAUAACGCUCACCCCACCCAACUGGACUUUCUGCAAGCAGGAAAUGGUUGAGGUCUGGGAAGUCUGGAAUAGCAGUUAGACAACAUUGUCUAAUUAAUGCUGAAUAAGCCGGUCAUUUGCAAGUGACCUUAGUCUUUUUAGAGUUUGUUGCUUUGCAGAUUAUCUUGGACUAUGAAUUAUCCCAGUCUGUAUGGAUUCCCCACCCAGCACUGUUUUCUAGCCUUCUAAUAUCAGGGACAGGGAACAGUUGGCUCUGCAUAUGUUGCUGGACUACAACUCCCAUGUGCCUCAGCAAACAUGGCCAAUGGUCAGGGAUGCUGGAAACUGAAGUUCAGCUGAGGUUUGAAUGGCCAAAUGUUCCCCACUGCUGUUCUGUGUGAUUAUUUGCAAGACUGUACUCUAAACAUUAGGGACGUGGGGUGGCGCUGUGGGUUAAACCACAGAGCCUAGGACUUUCUGAUCAGAAGGUCGGCGGUUUGAAUCCCUGUGACGGGGUGAGCUCCCGUUGCUCGGUCCCUGCUCCUGCCAACCUAGCAGUUCGAAAGCACGUUAAAAUGCAAGUAGAUAAAUAGGUACCGCUCCAGCGGCAAGGUAAACGGCGUUUCCGUGCGCUGCUCUGGUUCGCCAGAAGCGGCUUAGUCAUGCUGGCCACAUGACCCGUAAGCUGUACGCCGGCUCCCUCGACCAGUAAAGCGAGAUGAGCGCCACAACCCCAGAGUCGGUUACGACUGGACCUAAUGGCCAGGGGUCCCUUUACCUUUACCUUUACUCUAAACAUUGGUGUUGCAUGCAGGAUCCACCUCUGCUUUCAGUUUACAAAACAAGUAAAUUUCUAACCCUGAAGACGGCUAAUAUACUUGAAUGUAUGACCGCUAUCAGGCCACAGCUCAGAAGAGGUGUGUGUAUGACUCAGAGGUUGUGUAUGUGUGUGUGAGAGAGAGAAACAGAGGGAGGCUGGAAUUGCACAGCGUUGACCCCUAAAUUCUUCUCCUACUCAGGUUUACAUCCAAACCACAGAAGAAUUCCCCUCCUACUCCCUUUCUUUCCUUUCUAUUCCAUUUACCAGGAUGGAAUUGCACUGACAGCAAGAUCAGGCUGCAAUACAUUGAAGCAAGGCAAGUUAAGAGCUUUUGAGGGGGAGAAACAUUUCCCCAGCUAGAGGGGAGAGGCCUCCAUGCUUUCCUUCUCCUUGCUUGCCAUGUAAUUCUGCCUCACUAGAGUUGUCACUGCUGCAACAAUUUGAUAAGGGAGGGGGACUGGGGAUCAGCAGAUUAGUAGGAUACAAGGGAAAGCUCUGCCUAAAUUUGGAUUGAACUAGGAACAAACGGAACUGUUUUGUGUAACUGAAUGCUCCUUGAUGACAUAUGAUAGUGGUGAUGAUAUUAUUAUUAUUAUUAUUACUAUUAUUAUUAUUAUUAUUAUUGUUUGGGGAAAGUCUAGUUUUCUUUGUGGAGGGAGUUAAUGUUCUGUACAAAGCAUGUGAGCCCCUGUCAAUAAAACACAGCUUUACUUACCUAACGUACCUCACAGGGUUGUUGAGAGGAUAAAAUGAAGUGGGGGAGUGUAUGUUGUUGUUGUUCAGUCGUUUAGUCGUGUCCGACUCUUCGUGACCCCGUGGACCAGAGCACGCCAGGCACUUCUGUCCUCCACUGCCUCCCGCAGUUUGGACAGACUCAUGCUGGUAGCUUUGAGAACACUGUCCAACCAUCUCGUCCUCUGUCGUCCCCUUCUCCUUGUGCCCUCCAUCUUUCCCAACAUCAGGGUCUUUUCCAGGGAGUCUUCUCUUCUCAUGAGGUGGCCAAAGUAUUGGAGCCUCAGCUUCACGAUCUGUCCUUCCAGUGAGCACUCAGGGCUGAUUUCCUUCAGAAUGGAGAGGUUUGAUCUUCUUGCAGUCCAUGGGACUCUCAAGAGUCUCCUCCAGCACCAUAAUUCAAAAGCAGGGGGAGUGUAUACCCACGUUGAAUUCCUUUAAAGAAGAGUGGGUAUCUGAAUGUGAUAAAUAUAUUAAAUUGAUAGCCGAAUCCUUAUCGUACUAUCGUGAUAACAAGGAGUCUCCUAAAGAAGUUGAUUACUUCUUUUUAUUUUUUAUUUUUAAAAUCUGUUUAGCAUCAGCAUGAUACAAAACAUAGAAAAGUAUUCAGUCUCAGCCCUCAGAGGGCUUGCAGUCUAUUUUGGAUGGGCAGGACUGGAAGAGAGGAUUGUUGGGGUUGGUUUUUUGGGGGUUUUUUUUUUUGCAAGCUCCUAACAGUGUUGUCAGAGUUGAGGGUUGUUGUGAGACGCCUGAGGAACAUCAAGGAAGGCAGGGCAGGGAAGAUUCCCCUUGUUGUGGAGGAGAGGUGGCUCAAUGGAGGGAAGACAAAAUCUAAUUCCAGGACUUGGCAUGGCCAAAGGUGCAAAGGGGGAGAACAUGAAACACUGAGCUUUUGGAAAGACAGAAAGCAUGGAAUAAGAAGGGUGGAGAAUGUGCUUCACAUCACUUGGUGCCAGUCACACCUCAUGAGCCAGACAUAUGAAUGAUCAGCACAUCACAGUCUGUUACUCAGAAACCUUGAUUUGGUGAUGGUUCUUCACGUGGGCUGCUCAAUGGGUGUGGUAUGAUUCAGAAAACCAUGAUUCCUCUGGGUUUCCACUAUCACCAGGUGACUGGAAAUGUCCUUUCACAGUGGAAAAGGGGGCAAGAGGAUCUAUCUGGGUUUAGCCUAAUCUCUGACCGCAGUAAGGACCUUAAAUGCAAUGGCUAGGGGAAUAUGAAGUUGUCCUUAUUUGUCAAAUAUUUCCGUCAUGCCGCUCCUCAAACUCUAGCAAUAAUAGCCACUUGCAGGCCCGGCCCAACCAUGAGGCCAGGUGAGGAGACUGCCUCAGGCGGCAGGGUCCCCAAACAGAUCCUGAUAUCCAUCUUUCUCCCCCUCUCCCUUGUUCCUUGUGUCAGUCUUCAUUCACUCCUCCUUCCCCGGUGGAUAUGGUGGGUGCCCCAUUUUGGGGUUCGCCUCAGGCACCGAAAUGUCUCGGGCCGGUCCUGGCUGCUUGCAUUCGAGAUCUCCAGUCCCUGAGAACAUACAGAACUCCCUGUUGUGGAAGCUGGAUCUGUGGAGACUCCCAGCUUUCCUUUUCUUUCCCCGCAAGUUUCUAAACUUUGCGAAGGUUGUUGGUGCUAUUGAAACUGCAGCUUAGCGUUUCAUGGGGAGAACGACACUUCUGUGACUCUUGUGUGUAGCCAGAGUAGCGUCAGCCUAGCUUCAUUACAAUAAAUGGGCAAGGUUUCCAACCUUGACGUCCGUGGGAUGUGAAUUAUGCCCACAAGUUUAUAAUCCUUGUGGUUUUGGAGAAAGAGAGAACUUGCGAAAGCCUCUUCAGUGCUAUCUCUCUCUUCCCCGUCCCCACAUUCCCUCUUUGUCUCCUGUUUUUGCUUCUGUAUCUGUAUGGCCCAUAUUACACCCACAUUUUGUCAUUUUAAACAACAACAACCAGCAGUUCUUUGUGUUUCCUGAUAAGGCAAAAGAGAACUUAUUCAUACAUUUGGAUUUGUCAGCUCCUAAACUAUGGACAAGGAGACGGGGAGGAAAAAAACUUAGCAUAAACUGGUGAGAAAUCUUUAUGCAAGCCCACAGACGCAGUAAGAAAGAAACAUAGCGGGGUGGCAGUCUUCCAUAGACAAGCCAAUGUGGAGUUAAUAAUAACUCUGGGCUGUUAAUCAACAGUUUCUGAGGAAGCUGCGUAAUCUCCAGAGCUGGGAGCUGCAGAAGCCACAGCCUGUGAGUCAGCAGUCCAAGGUGGUUAUUAGAGGAGGGGGUGUUUGUGCAUGAACAAAGGAAGAAAAGCAAUUAUAGAGAUAAACAAGGGGCUGGUGGAGACUCCGGAGUGCUGUCUGCCCCACCUCUCCCUUAAAAGAGGCCUGCUGUCGAAAUCAUUGUAGGUAACAGGGCCCACUCGCCUACGGUGAGUCUGGUGAUUUGGGAGCCCUGGGUUCAAAUCCAGUCCAAUGGACUCACAGUCCACCCCACAGCUGUACAAUGGGAGCAGUGCCGGAUUUACGUAUGAGCUAAACAAGCUGUAGCUCAGGGCCCCACUCUCUUGGGGGCCCCCAAAAAAUUUAAAGGGAAAAAACUGGAUGUACAUUUCCAAAAUAUAAGAUAAAAAGCAAAUAAAAAAAAAACCUACAUACGGCAACAGUGUUUUGUGUUGUGUAGGCUCCUCUGAUGUAAGUAAUGGGUCCCGCCUGGACCCAUCUUGGGCUGCCCAGAUGACAAGAUGCCCCUCUCAGCCUCACUGGGUCCUGGGGAAAGUAGCAGGAUGAAAGAAAAACCUCUGACCUGUGCCUGGGAAUCUGGGGACAAGUGUGGGACAAGCCCUUGAGUGUCUAUAUUAAAGUUUCCCCAACUUUUGAGACGUGUGGAUGACAUAGGCACAGUCUCACAUUUUGGAGUAGCACUUAAUAACUGUACAACACGGGUUUCCUGUUACGUAAGGCAUGGAGCAGUUCGGAAUAGCUGUCGUCUUUCCAAGCGAAGGGCAUCACUAAGAUAAGGGGAGUUUGGCUAUGUGAAUACACUGGUUUUCUUUCUGUGCUGCUGUUCAGAUAUUGCUGAUAAUUCCCCGAGGAAUGCACAGCUCCAGUUAUGCUGGAAUCCUCCUGCGAAAACAUUCAGCAAGCAGUAUUUAGUGCAUUCCCUGGAAGAUAAAAUCUCCUAGAUAUGUUUCUAGAUUAGUCUUGUAAAAUUUCAAGGAGCACAGGGAGGGGUGUAGUGACUGGGGGGGGGGAGAGAAAUGGUGAGACCUUAAAAUUUUGCCUCAAUUCAAAAUCUGGACUUUAAAAAUAAAAUCAGAAAUUAACACAUGGGGACUGGAGUGUGAAAAGUGAGGUCCUUUGAGGACAAAGAAAUGUCAUAUUUGGUACUCAUUUUGGCUGAAGUUCAAGAUUUAUUAUUAGUGUUUGAACUCUUUCCCCCCCACCCCGAGGUUGAAAUUGAAAGUGGAAAUUUGUUCAGGUAUCACAUUUUUGAAUCCUGAUUUUUGAAACCUGGUUUCAGAUUAGCAUAUCCAGUUUAGGAAUCUAUCUGAAGGUUAAGUCUUCCCUCUCCAUUAAAAUAUUCAUGUUAUUUGCUGUAGAUAUUAGAGAGAAGUUCAUAUUUUUGUCAGCUUCUUGUAUUCAACUUUCAGUAUUCAUUUAUUUGUCAGAUUUCUAGAUCACCCUUCAACCCUAUGCGGCCUAGGACCCACAUACCUACGGUACCGCCUUUCCUGGUAUGCCCCACGGAGGACCUUAGGGUCCACAAAUGACAACACUUUGGAGGUCGCAAGGUGGUUAGAUUGGUCUCAACUAGGGCCAGGGCUUUUUCAGUACUGGCCCCGACUUGGUGGAAUGCUCUGUCUCAAGAGACCAGGGCCCUGCAGGACUUGACAUCUUUCUGCAGGGCCUGCAAGACAGAGCUGUUCCGCCUGGCCUUUGGUUUGGACUCUGUCUGACCCUUAUGUUUCCCUCCCCUUAUGGUUUUGAUUUAUGGCUACUACUAAAAUGAGGCUGCAUUUUAAAUUGUAUUUUAACCUGUAUUUUAAAUUGGGUCCCCCCCAUUAUGUUUUUAUUGUAAUUUUACUGGUGUUAGCCGCCCUGAGCCUGGCUCUGGCUGGGGAGGGUUGGGUAUAAAUAAAUUUAUUAUUAUUAUUAACCGAAGUUUCCGCGUUGUGUGCGUUUGCAGUUUCUGAUAAAAUACCAACAACAGAAGUACAACUGGUAUACAGUGGUACCUCGCAAGACGAAUGCCUCGCAAGAUGAAAAACUCGCUAGACGAAAGGGUUUUCCGUUUUUUGAGCUGCUUCGCAAGACGAAUUUCCCUAUGGGCUUGCUUCGCAAGACGAAAAGCGAAAACGUCUUGCAAGUUUGUUUCCUUUUUCUUAACACCGUUAAUACAGUUGCGACUUGACUUCGAGGAGCAACUCAUAGAACGCGGUGUGGUAGCAUUUAUUGAGGUAUUUGAAGACUUUGGUGAUUUUUGAAUCUUUUCAAAAACUUCUUUUAAACUUUUAAAACUUUUUUUGGGGUUUUUGGAUUUUGGGUUGGGGUGUUUGGAAUUCAAGGACUUGGUGUUGGGGAGGGGUUUGCAAGAAUCUGGAAGCUUGUGUGUUUUUUUCCUGCAUUUUUAUGAUUUUCUGUGACCAUUGGGCCACUCUGCUAUUUUUUUUUAAAAAUUAUGGAUUUGAAUUUCUGUGUGGUGGGUGCCUGGGGGAACAGUUGAGGAGGGGUUCUUCAGCAAGAAGGAAAGAGUGGAAGAGGAACCUUCUUCGAGUUGUCCCCCAGAGUCUUAGAAAAUGUACUGUACACUUUGUUGAUUUUUAAAUGUUUUUCUGUCAUGUUUAGAAAAUUAAUUUAUUGUUCCUUCAAUUUUUGAAAUGCUCUUUACAGUAUGUGUGACUUUAAAGAGCACUUAAUAAACUCUUGUUGUACCAAAUUUGGCUUUGUUUGGACUUUUUUUGACCAUAGGAACGCAUUAAUUGGAUUUCAAUGCAUUCCUAUGGGAUUUCGUGCUUCGCAAGACAAAAAAUUCGCUAGACGAAAAAACUCGCGGAACGAAUUAAUUUCGUCUUGCGAGGCACCACUGUAUAAGGAACCACCAAUGCCAUAACAUGUGAUGACACAGCAAUAAAUGGAUCGUAUUAUGAGCCCACAAAGACCAGGCCAAAGAAAGAAGUCUGGAGUAGUACAGCUGGGCGAUAUCAGCUUUUCAACAUUGCAACGUAUCUAAACAUCAUGAUAUAGUGAUACACUGCGAUGUUGAAAAGGAAGGAGCAUCAAUUGGUCCUGGAAGAUGUAUCGAUUCAUUGCCCAGCCCUAUUCAGUAGAUGCUGAAAAAAAGACAUCAACAAGACAGGUCUACAUAUCUCCACUGGGAGGGAAUUCCACAGUUGGGGAGCCAUGACAAAGAAGGCCCUGCUAUAAGUCACUGUGCCGCAAGCGGUGGAUAAAAUGGAACUAUUAGCAGGGCCCCCCUUGUAGAUCCAUAAGCGUGGGCUGGUCAUAUGUAGUUUUCUUACCACCCAUGGCCCAUGAAAAUGCUGUUUGAAACUGUGGUCCAAUUCUUGUCUGCCUUUUCUUCUUCAGGUGACGACGACAUCUGCACUACGCGAGGAGUAAACUCAUGUCAGCAGUGCUUGGCAGUGAACCCACAAUGUGCUUGGUGUUCCCAGGAGGUGAGGCAAAAACCAAGAUUAUACCAUGUACCUUCCCCUACUUGAACUUGCAGUUCUUGGGUGUCGGCUAGAUCUUGCCUGAGCUCCCUAUCUAUUCAUUUAUUUCAAGCGUUUAUAACCACUGUGCCAAUUCAAAUUGGAAUGCCCAAGAUAGCUUAACAUCAAUAAAUAUGUUGUUAUUGUUGUUUAGUCGUGUCCAACUCUUCAUGACCACAUGGACCAGAGACACCAGGCACUCCUGUCUUCACAAUAAUAUAUAUAUAUAUAUUAAACAAAACAUAUUAUUAAAACAAUUAAGAAACAAAAAGAUGAGCAGCAGAUAAACAACAACGAGAGAGAGAGGGAAUCCAAAGUACAGUUGUAUCUUGGUUCUCAAAUGUAAUCCAUUCCAGAAGUCCGUUCCAAAACCAAAGCGUUCCAAAACCAAGGCGCGCUUUCCCAUAGAAAGUAAUGCAGAAUGAAUUAAUCCACUCCAGACCUUUAAAAACAACCUCUAAAACAACAGUUGAACAUGAAUUUUAUGAUCUAAUGAGACCAUUGAUCCAUAAAAUGAAAGCAGCAAACAAGGUACUGCAGUCACACACACAAUCAAUCUAUCAAUCAAUAGCUGAACUGGGUUCCACAGUCACAAAAACAAAACAAAAAGAGCCACAAAAACGCAAAAUAAAUAGCAAAAUCAGACAGACCUCAGCGUAACACUCAAAACGGAGCACGUUUGGCUUCCAAAAAAGUUCGCAAACCGGAACACUUACUUCCGGGUUUGCAGUGUUUGGGUUCCAAGUUGUUUGAGUACCAAGGCAUUUGAGAACCAAGGUGCCACUGUACAUCAAAAUACCAGUCGAGCCAAAGCUGUGCUGGAACAAAAAAUAUUUUAAGUGGCAUCGGAAUGCCAUCAGGAGGGGGCCCACGCAGAUCUGCUGGGGCCAGGAAUUGUUGUUAUCGUAAAAUGAACCAAGUACAAAAUAAGAUUAAAGUACUACCUAAAAGAAACAGAACAAAACAAAACAAAGCAGCAGAUCAUGCAGUAAUGGUCUGGGAGUUCUGGAACUAUGUGCUUAUUUGCUGAGAUAAGCUGGAUAAGUUUAUAUGAUGACAUGGAAUGUUCACAUUUCAAAUGUCACACCCAUGGCAGCGAAUGGAGCCUAUAGCAGUGCGAUUGAACACACAGGACAAACGCAAUGGGUCAGUUGCAAUUCCUCUUCUAGAAGCACCAAGGAAAAGAUGUGGUGGUGGAGGGGUGCGGAGACUGCUGGACAGAGAUGUCAAAGAAAUCUGAAGAAUGUCUUGUUUUAAAAUAAUGAAAGCCCAAUUAACAGUGGAAUCCUCUUGCAGUAUCUGAAGAAUGUUUUUUGUGGCCGUUAACUCCCAAACAGCAAAGCUUCCUGGCUCUUUGGAAAAGAAGCAAAAGCUUUUUUUGAAUAUGCUCCCAGGACAUUUUUAAUCAACUGAUGAUGCAUCGGAGUAGCUCGCUGUAGGCAAAGAGGGAACCACCAGAUGUCUGCCCACCAAAAGCUGCAAGAGUAAUCACAAGCUGCUGCAUUAACUAGCUCCAUCUGUGUCUUGCCCCAGAGCAAAUAAGCGGCGUUGAUCCAUUCCAUGCCAUUUAAACGUAUUUCCACGAACGCAAAGUUUGAAGAUCACUUAACAAGCGGUUCUCACUAAUGGAAACAGGUUUUUUUUUUAAAUGACACCAAAUGUCCAUUUGAACACAUUAAUUCAUUUUGAAUUGCUGGAGCAAUAUAUAGUGGUGCCUCGGGUUAAAUACUUAAUUCAUUCCGGAGGUCUGUUCUUAACCUGAAACUGUUCUUAACCUGAAGCACCACUUUAGCUAAUGGGGCCUCCUGCUGCUGCCGUGCCGCCGGAGCACGAUUUCUGUCCUCAUCCUGAAGCAAAGUUCUUAACCCGAGGUACUACUUCUGGGUUAGUGGAGUCUGUAACCUGAAGCGUCUGUAAUCUGAAGCGUAUGUAACCUGAGGUACCACUGUAUUACGUUUUGGAAGGAGCUUGUGCAUUCCAAAGGCACUGGUAGGAACUGUUUUCCUAAGCAAUUUUCCGGUCACUGAGAAGAUCAGUAAUGGCAGGCAAAACUUCUCCCCAGUGCAGCUUGCGAUCACUACCGAUCUUCCCCUCCACCGCACAUCUGCAGGACAGCGUUGUUGGGUGUGUUCUGCGAUGCAUUCUUCUGUCCUGGAAGUGAGCCCCAGCAAGUCUGGACAAACGCCCCCAGAUGAACUGAGAUUGGAGCACUAGAACACAUCCCAGAAUCCUCUGCAACAGGGCCGCUAGGCCAAUUGACGCAGCUGGUUUGGGGUGUCACAAAAGGGCAGCAAAUUUUGAGUCGUUGAGUUCAACCUUCAUAAAUAAACGCAAAUAUUACAAAAUGACAGUAAGCCUCUAGUGGCUUACUUCCAAAGCAAACUCACCAGUAUGCCCCCUGGCGAAGAACUAGGCUGGGAAUAGCCCAGUUCCUCAGAGCGGCUGAGGAAACCCAGCCAAAUGGGUGGGAUAUAAAGAAAAUAUUAUUUUAUUUAUUUAUUUAUUUAUUUAUUUAUUUAUUUAUUUAUAUACAGUGGUACCUCGGGUUACAUAUGCUUCAGGUUACAUACGCUUCAGGUUACAGACUCCGCUAACCCAGAAAUAUUACCUCGGGUUAAGAACUUUGCUUCAGGAUGAGAACAGAAAUGGUGCUCCGGUGGUGCAGCAGCAGUGGGAGGCCCCAUUAGCUAAAGUGGUGCUUCAGGUUAAGAACAGACCUCCGGAAUGAAUUAAGUACUUAACCCGAGGUUCCACUGUAUAGGGAUGAUGAUGAUUUGUAUAUAGAAGAUGAUCAAAUCUUGUAGCCUGUAGUCUAACCUGUAGUCUAAUGUGUUGCUGCUCAGGCACAGGUAUAGUCGUACUUUGGAAGUCCAACAGCUUAGUUCCCGAACAUUUUGGCUCCCGAGCAUUACAAACCUUGUUCUGUGACUGUUCUGGUUUACAAACUAUUUUUGGAAGCUGAACGUCCAGCGGGGCUUCCGCGGUUUCCGAUUGGCUGCAGGAGCUUCCUGCAGCCAAUCGUAAGCCACGCUUUGGUUUUCAAACAUUUUUGAAGUCGAACAGACUUCUGGAAUGGAUUCUGUUCGACUUCCAAGGUACGGCUGUAUAGAGUCAUCGAAUCGUAGAGUUGGAGGGUCAUCUAGUCCAACCCCCUGAAAUACAGGAAUCUCAACUAGGUCACACAAUGCAGGUGGUUGGAAUCUCUUGUAACUUGAACUUUCGCUGUGAAGUCUGCAUAUAAUGAGCAAAUGCCUUUUCCACAGAAGAUGAGCUGCCUUUGCGUAGCUGAGAGGUUGACUAACCUGUGACCCUCCCAGGUGUCCUUGAACUCCAAAGCCCAUUGUUCCUGACCAUUGCUAGCGCAGGGCAUGGAUGACAGAAGUUGCAGUCCAGCAACAUAGGGGUGUGGUUGUCAAAAACUACCCAUCACUGUUGUGUAGCUUAGGGGUGGUGUGGUUGGCAUGAAAAUAAGUUGUUGUUGUUGUUUAGUCAUUUAGUUGUGUCCUACUGUUCAUGACCCCAUGGACCAGAUCACGCCAGACACUCCUGUCUUCCACUGCCUCCUGGUCAAACUCAUGCUGGUAGCUUCGAGAACACUGUCCAACGAUCUCGUCCUUUGUCAUCCCCUUCUCCUUGUGCCCUCCAUCUUUCCCAACUUCAGGGUCUUUUCCAGGGAGUCUUCUCUUCUCAUGAGAUGGCCAAAGUAUUGGAGCCUCAGCUUCAGGAUCUGUCCUUCCCGUGAGCACUCAGGGCUGAUUUCCUUCAGAAUGGAAAGGUUUGGUCUUCUUGCAGUCCAUGGGACUCUCGAGUCUCCUCCAGCACCAUAAUUCAAAAGCAUCAAUUCUUCGGCAAUAAGUAGAAAGGGUUAACCGGGAAACCCAGGAUCCCUCAUAAUUCUUGUCACAGCGAUCUGAGGUGUUUGCCUCGGUUUUGUGCCUUAACAGCUCACCAGACAUCCUGGCUGUUGAUUACGUGAUGAGAUAUUUGUGGGCGUGUGGCGGCUGGGCCACAAGGCCUCGUGCCAGAAAUACUUGCCAGUUUUGUGUGUAAUAUGAUGGGGAAACUUUUUUAAAAAGCAAAGUAUUGGCUGGCUCAAGCCAAUACGUCACCACUUUUCCCCACUCCCACAGCUGCCUCAGCGUUUAUCCCGUGUUCCUAGACAGCAGCUAUGGCUACGGAGCUGUUUUGCUUACCUCUGACAAGCGUUUCCAAAAAUGGCAAUAUUUUCCCCGCCAGGCCUCGGGGUCUGUUUAUUGAAGAGAUGUGGCAAUUAGCAAAGGAGCUGUCUCCCGCCUCUCACCAAAAGUCAGGUCCCCUGAGGUGCAAAACUUGUUAGUAAAAUAACUUCCUCACAUGUUGUCUUAAUUUAGCAAAUGAAAGUUUCCUCCCUGGCUCCCUACGGCCCUCUAUCUUCUUGUCUGCCUUAUUUGAAGAAAAAAAACACACGCCCUCCUUUUGCUUCUCUCUCUCUCUUCUUCACAGAAAUACAUUUGCACAUAUUUUUCUUACCUCAGGCUGCAAAGACACUAUACAUUUCAAGUAUACCCCUUCCCAAGAAUCCUGGGAACUGUAGUUUACCUCUCUCAGGGACAUAAUUCCCACCAACUUUUAACAAACUACAGUUCCCAUGAUUCUUUUUGGGGUGUUUUUUAAGUGAGCCACUCUCUCCCAGCUGCUCACAUAUGGACCCCGAUUAUCCUCAUCUGCAAAAUGGGUGCAAUAAUAUUGCCCUGUCUUAAAGAUGACAAGGUCACACGUGUGGAAUGCUUCAAAGGCUAUAUAAGUGUGAAGUAUUUCUUCUUAUUACAAAGAAAAAUGUUUCACACAUUGUUGGGUUCCUGACCUUCACUUUAAAAUUAAAGGUGGGGGAGACAGUCAGGAGGAGAAAGGGCAGUCCCAUUCCUCAUUGCUAGCCAGCAGUAGCAGGCAACUCCAGGAAGGAAUUGUUGUGGGUAGCCAAUUUUGUUAUCUGUCCAGCCACUGGGCAAGGAAACUAUACAAGAAUAACUGGCAGUUUCAGUUAACAGAAAAAUGGCUAGGCAGUUGGAACACAUGUAGUUUUACUUGUGUCUUCCUCACUGGGCUCUUUUUUCUCUCUGGAAAAGGUUGUGUUUAAAGAUCCCCCUACCUCACCCCAAGACCAACCUUCCUGGGCUCAGCUCAGUGGCAAUCACAUGUGUGUGGCUGAGUUUCAUGGUUGAGUUGGGCUUUUGAAACUGGAUCUCCACUGUCCUAAUCAGGGCCGUCUUUAGCAUAUGCACCGCCGGGGUGUAAAGAUCCGCCCAGCACCCCCAAAUUUAGUUUAGCCCCCAAAUUAACUCUUAUUAUGCUUAUGUCAGACUUUUUAAAAAAAUGAUUUCUCUAAAUGAAUUUGAACUGUAAGUGAUGAAAUUAAAAUGCAAUUUACAACGUUUUACUCGGGGUCAGUGGCACCUUUGACACGACUGAACUUGCACUGCCUGCCUCCCGCAGGCAGGCGGUGCGAAAUCAGUCGUGUUAAAGGAGCUGCCGCAUAGCAGCUCAAUACAAUACGUAACAUAAUAUUUUGAUGUAAGAGUUAAUUUCAUGUGUACGGCGCUGUUGAGUCUGACAAGCACCACCGCUAGCGCAGCGCAUCUUUGGUAAAUGAGCGCACAAAGUCAAAAGUCCUUUAGUGAAACAGUAGGUAUACAUUUCGGUAAUACCUAGGUAUAUAUGUAUUUUGUUUUUCUAGCUUCAUCAAAAUUAUUAUUUCAUAACAGGUAGAUAGUUAAGAGCUUAGGUGGCUUCAGCAGCGGGCACCCGGCGCCCCCCAGAAUUUGGUGCCCAGGUGCCCCACACCCCUUGCACCCCCGGGUAAAGAUGGCCGUGGUCCUAAUCUAGCACCACACUAUAAUGUACAGUGGUACCUUGGGUUACAGACGCUUCAGGUUACAGACUCCGCUAACCCAGAAAUAGUACCUCAGGUUAACAACUUUGCUUCAGGAUGAGAACAGAAAUCGUUCUCUGGCGGCGCGGCGGCAGCAGGAGGCCCCAUUAGCUAAAGUGGUGCUUCAGGUUAAGAACAGUUUCAGGUUAAGAACGGACCUCCGGAACAAAUUAAGUACUUAACCCGAGGUACCACUGUAUGUCAUUUUCCUCCCCUAUAAUUCCCUGGAUGCGUACUCAAAGUGACGCAACACAGAUUAGUCGCAGUGGACCAUUUCGCAUCGAUUAAGCCAUAGUUUCAAACAAACAAACUGUGGUUUGAUGUGCACUAGCAGUGUGUUGGUGCACCACUGCUCAAAAGUUCCCACAAUGCUCUUCCCACACUCCAGUUUGCUAAAGUGUCAUGGGCAAAACAAGCCAGAGACUGGCUUGUUGACACCGCCUGCACCCCGUGGUUAUUGCUCAUGGCUUCUUUUGGAGGAAACAAACCACAAGCCUGGUUCGGACAGUGUGAGCAAGCUAGGCUCUGCAUUGUUUUGUUAGUCAGUUGUAGCAGGAUUGGGGUAAGAAUGCUAUGGCAGCUUUUUGUGCAGAGUGCACUAAGCACACUGCUCAGGCACCCUAAAUCAUAGUUUGUUUUAAGGUACAGUUAACACAAUGUAAAGGGAUGCGGGUGGCACUGUGGGUUAAACCACAGAGCCUAGGACUUGCCGAUCAGAAGGUCAGCAGUUUGAAUCCCCGCGACGGGGUGAGCUCCCAUUGCUUGGUCCCUGCUCCUGCCAAUCUAGCAGUUCAAAAGCAUGUCAAAGUGCAAGUAGAUCAAUAGGUACCACUCCGGUGGGAAGGUAAACGGCAUUUCCAUGCGCUGCUCUGGUUUGCCAGAAGGGGCUUAGUCAUGGUGGCCACAUGACCCGGAAGCUGUACACCGGCUCCCUCGGCCAAUAAAGCGAGAUGAGCGCCGCAACCCCAGAGUCGGCCACGACUGGACCUAAUGGUCAGGGGUCCCUUUGCCUUUACCUUUAACACAAUGUGGGAACUGGGCUUUCAUACCCAGAAUCAGGCUGUAUAAACUAUACCUUUAAAGCACACUUGAAACACAUCCUAAAGAAAAUCUGGGCACUGUGGUUUGUUAAAUGUUGCUGGGGCUUGCAAUUCUCUGCACCCUUAAGAAAUCACAGUGCCCAGAAUUAUUUAAGGGAAAUAAGGUGUUUCAAAUUAGCUUUCCUGUUAUGUACUGAAGUUCUCACCCUGGGCCAACAGGGGGAUACUGUAGAUAGUUAUGCAAAUAAGGGAUCGAAAGUGACGUUCAGUGAUUGGAUAGUUUUAGAAAGUUGUUACAGUAACGUUGUACUGGAGCUCUAUAUAAGCAGGCUGGCUGAACCCUUCAGUUCAGUUCUGUCCUGGCCUGUGAAUAAACAAGAACUGUUUGAAGUUGGGCUGCAUCAAUAGGAGUAUAGCAUCUAGAUCAAGGGAAGUAAUAGUGCCACUGUAUUCUGCUCUGGUCAGACCUCACCUGGAGUACUGUGUCCAGUUCUGGGCACCACAGUUCAAGAAGGACACUGACAAACUGGAACGUGUCCAGAGGAGGGCAACCAAAAUGGUCAAAGGCCUGGAAACGAUGCCUUAUGAGGAACGGCUAAGAGAGCUGGGCAUGUUUAGCCUGGAGAAGAGGAGGUUAAGGGGUGAUAGGAUAGCCAUGUUCAAAUAUAUAAAAGGAUGUCACAUAGAGGAGGGAGAAAGGUUGUUUUCUGCUGCUCCAGAGAAGCGGACACGGAGCAAUGGAUCCAAACUACAAGAAAGAAGAUUCCACCUAAACAUUAGGAAGAACUUCCUGACAGUAAGAGCUGUUCGACAGUGGAAUUUGCUGCCAAGGAGUGUGAUGGAGUCUCCUUCUUUGGAGGUCUUUAAGCAGAGGCUUGACAACCAUAUGUCAGGAGUGCUCUGAUGGUGUUUCCUGCUUGGCAGGGGGUUGGACUCGAUGGCCCUUGUGGUCUCUUCCAACUCUAUGAUUCUAUGAUUCUUCUAUGAUUCUAUGAUUCUAAGAAUCGCUGUGUCAUCUGAUAUGUUCAACCACAACUUAACAUUUCCCACCUCAUCAGUGCUUGCUGAUAAGGAUAUCAGGCUGUAUGGGGUUGAUUUCCUGUGACCAUUGGAAAGGACUCCUGAAAUCUGCUUCUCAAGGCUCUUCUCAGAAGGUCAAAAUUUCUGUCUUAUCCUGGGGAUUCCCCUAAGGACUGCCAGUUGGGAAGAGUUUUAGUGACCCAGCAAACGUGUCACCUUUCUAGCUGUCGAAAUGGGUGGAUAAAAAUCUUGGGAGGGAAAUGCGGUCAGUCUUUCAAUGACAUUCACACUUCCUACAAAAUGUGUGGUUUUAACUGUUUUUGGAACAGUGCCAUUCAGAGGAGGCGUGCUCCUGCGUUUGUUCUGUAUCUUUACACUAAGGGUUUUUUAUAAUAAUAAUUUAAAAGCAUACAAGAAAACGGCUCCCUUUCAGAAGAGGCAGACAUGCCAUGCAUAAUCACAACCCCUUUGCCUUUAUAGGCUUAAGGAACGAAACCCAAACCCAUAUUUUUGUUUAGCUCAGGGAAAAGGUAGGCUUCAAAUAUAACAAGGUGUGCUAACCAGUUGUGGCAAUCAAAGUCUCAGUUUAGCCCCAAUCUAUAACAGAAAAAAAAAAGACCUGAGAGGGUUUUUUUUUUCUUCUGGAGGAACCACAAAAAUAUAUCGGAGUCAUGUUGAUCCUUUGUUUGCAUUCCAUUUCCUUGCCCUUCCUCCCAUGGCCUCUCUGCUGCUGCCGCAGAAUCACCCUUAUUCCUUUUUUGGUUCUCUUUUUUCCCCCCUCUUGCAGUGCUCCUGCCCCCAGCAUGCCUGGAGGAAACGAUAAGUUAGAGGGCUGCUUAUUUCGUUUUCCACGCAGCUUGUGCAAUCGGAGUGACACCAGAUUGCCCUGUAUCGGCUUGAGGGGCUUAUGAGUUCCACGAAAGCCGGAUUUCCUGGCAGGGUUAAUGGGGCCAGUUUUCAAAAUGUUUGCCAGAAAACAAGGCUACCACAUGUUCAUGAUUCAUAUGGAUUGCUCCUAUUUUGAGAGUCCCGUUCCAUAAUAACUGGAACCCAUACUAAGGACAGAGGUUGCCCAUGGUUUUUUUUUUUUUGUGAAGGCUGAAUUGCUCGUCUAAAUAACUUUCAGCCAAUGCUGAAGGGAGCACAUCUUCCGCUUUAGGGAGAUGUGUUUUGAGAAUUAAAAGGCACCCAAAGCAGCAAAGUUUUUACUUUCCCCAAGGUUGGUUUAAAUGUUUUAUAAGUUUUUUUUUAGAAUACAGUGCACAUAAUUAUUUUACUAGCUGUAUGUGCUCCCAGUGUAUGUCUACCUACAGAGAUCGGUUUUAAACCUAGACAGCAACUUAAAAAGCAGAGACAUCACCUUGCCAACAAAGGUCCGUAUAGUUAAAGCUAUGGUUUUCCCAGUAGUGAUGUAUGGAAGUGAGAGCUGGACCAUAAAGAAGGCUGAUCGCCGAAGAAUUGAUGCUUUUGAAUUAUGGUGCUGGAGGAGACUCUUGAGAGUCCCAUGGACUGCAAGAAGAUCAAACCUAUCCAUUCUGAAGGAAAUCAGCCCUGAGUGCUCACUGGAAGGACAGAUCCUGAAGCUGAGGCUCCAAUACUUUGGCCACCUCAUGAGAAGAUAAGACUCCCUGGAAAAGACCCUGAUGUUGGGAAAGAUUGAGGGCACAAGGAGAAGGGGACGGCAGAGGACGAGAUGGUUGGACAGUGUUCUCGAGGCUACCAGCAUGAGUUUGACCAAGCUGCGGGAGGCGGUGGAGGACAGGGGUGCCUGACGUGCUCUGGUCCAUGGGGUCACGUAGAGUCGGACACAACUAAACGACUAAACAACAACAACAACUGACAUAGUUUCUCCCAUAGAAAGUGGCAUUUGUAGUUUAGUGUGAGUGUUGAGAAUUAUAUACUAGAGUCACAUUGCCUUCACCCCAGCUAGAGUUCUCAGAGCUCUCUUAGCUGUUAAACCAGUUUUAAAGCUGCAGUCUUAUUUAAGUCCCUUUGGUAGGACUUAAACUUCCCAAUAAGCAUGGCUAGGAUCUGGCUGCAAAUCUGGAAUGCAGAAAACUGAAGUGCUGUGUGGUUUCAGGGAUAAUUAGUCUUUAGAGACCUAUUUUUCAAGCCCGUAUUUAAUAAGUAAAAUCAUUUUUAAAAGGCAACUAGACAGCCACAAGAAAAGCUGAUCAGAAAUAAGCCCAAGUCCAAGACAUAAAAGCGUAAUAGAACAUCAAACAUUAAUAGUAACAAUCUGAUCCAAUAUGGAAGUCACAGUAACUUUAAGAUAAGCAACUUAUAUCAAACGAAGCAACAUUCAGCAAUCCAUCAGAAUCUAAUAUUAACCAGUAUAAUUAAACAUCAGCAAAUUAAACAGUUCAACCAUGAUAAACAAUUACCAAUUUAUAAUCAUUAAAAGUAACAACAAAUCAUAAUGCAUAAAAUAUCACACAACAUACAAAACCAUGUAAAAGGGUCAAAUUGAGAAACAAAAACGUGCAACUUAUAAAACUUUUUUUUUAAAAAAAAAUAUAUCCCUGAACUCCUCUCUUCCCAGCUCCUGCUGCUGUUCUUAAAAUCAUAGUCUGGGAAGGGCUAGUUGGGGCAAGACAGGUGGAAAUACAAUUACCUGAUGAGGAACAGAAAGCCUCUCUCUGCCAUUCGUCCGGGUUUCCUGGACACUCCAGUAUUUCCAGCUAUGCCCAGAAAAUUCCAGAUGUAUGGCAAUCCUACUUUAAACUGUUUUGGCUUCCCCCAAAGACUCAUGGGAACUGUAGUUUAAGGGUGCUGAGAGUUGUUAGGAGACCCCAAUUUCGCCCACAGAACUACAAUUCCCAGAGUUCCCUGAGGUUGACUGUUAAACCACUCUGGAAGCGGACUUUGUGAGGGCAAUGAAGGGGGUCUUCUAGCAGCUCCCGGCACCCUUGACAAACUUGGGCCUGUAACUCUUUCUCAGCCUAAACUUACCUCACAUGUAGGAGCACGUAGCCCCUGCCCCCUAGGAUUUUUGCUUUUCUUACUGAAAUUCUUUUUUUCCCUUCCUUCUAAAUUCCUUGGAUGUUUUCUUUGAACAGGGACCUCCAAAUUUGGUGGCAGCUCCGUUUACAAAGUUGGGAGGCUAAAUUUGUACGGUCCUGUAUGCUCCUUGGAAACGGGCAGGAUUCAAAAGGCGACGUAAUUUGAAAAAAUGAAUUGAAACAAAACAAAAUCAGAAGCCUUCCCUUUCUUUGCAGCGUCAUUUCUUGCUGUUUUCCCCUUUUAAAGCCAUUCUUCAUUUUAUUUAUUUAUUUUAGUUCUAUAACCCGCCCACACCCUUUCAUGCUGAUCAGAAGGUCGGUGGUUCGAAUCCCCGCAACGGAGUGAGCUCCCAUUGCUCUGUCCCAGCUCCUGCCAACCUAGCAGUUCGAAAGCACACCAGUGCAAGUAGAUAAAUAGGUACCGGUGCGGCGGGAAGGUAAAUGGCCUUUUUGUGCACUCUGGUUUCCGUCACAGUGUCCCGUUGCUCCAGAAGCGGUUUAGGCCUGCUGGCCACAUGACCUGGAAAGCUGUCUGUGGACAAACGCCGGCUCCCUUGGCCUGAAGCGAGAUGAGCGCCACAACCCCAUAGUCGCCUUUGACUGGACCUAACCAUCCAGGGGUCCUUUACCUUUUUACCUUUUUUACCAUAUACAUUUGCAACAAAGGAGCUGGGACAGGGGAAUGGGAGCUCACUCCGUCACCGGGAUUCGAACCGCUGACCUUCUGGUUGGCAAGCCCAAGAGGCUCAGUGGUUUAGAUGACAGCGCCACCCGCAUCAGCAUCACACUGGCACAAAGCCCAUUUUGACUGGAUUACUGUUCCUCUGUGAGAGAUCUCUCCUCUUUCUCUUAUGGUUGGCCUUUCUCCCUCCAACAGGGCAUGCCGCCAGGAUUUUCCCGCUGCGACUCGAAGGACAACCUCAUUAAAAAUGGCUGCAUGAAAAACUUGAUCGAGUAUCCAGUCAGCAGCACUGAAAUCCUGGAGGAUAGGCAGCUCAGUGACAAAGGAUCAGGAAGUGGCAUCACUCAGAUGACUCCACAGAAGAUCAGGCUCCACCUGCGGCCAGGUAAGCUGAGAUACACUAUUCGGUUAUUGCAGUUUUAGCACAUCGGUGAGCUUUUCCCAGAGGACUUCAGGGUGCUGUAAGUGGUUAUCUAUUAAAACUUCAUCCCAUACAUAGAUGAGAGAUCAGCCAUAGCACAAUGGAUGCCUAAGACUUAUCCAGAGUUUCAAGCCAUGGGGAAGAAGAGAGUUUGGGUCAGCUUAUGUCUUUCUUUCUUUUUUUGGUCUGGUUUUUUUUUGUAUAUAAUUUUUAUUGAAUUUUUUGUUUUACAAUUUAAAGUCCUCAUUUUUAUAUCCUUAAGAUAUUAAUGACUUCCCUUCUCCUUCCAUGGUUCAUUUUACAUAUCAUAAAUCCCUGCAUAUUUUACAAAAGCUAUAUCAUCCAGUAUUCCAAUCAUUACACCCAUCAAAACUUGUUCACACUGCUGAAUUUAUCUUAACGCUGCCAGCCUUUUCAGCUGUGCACAGUUAUUUCCCAUAUAUUCAACAGACGUUUUCCAGUCUUCUUUAAAUGUAUGUUCUUCUUUUUCUCUUAUUCUAUAUGUUAAGUCUGAAAACUGCACGUAUUCUGUCAACUUAAGUCGCCAUUCUUCUUUGGUUGGGACCUCGCUCGUUUUCCAUUUUUGGGCUAACGAAACACGGGCUGCAGUAGUGGCAUACAUAAAUAACCUUUUUUGAAACCUGGAGAUUUCAGUCUGAAUUAUCCCCAAUAGGAAGGACUCUGGGUUGUUGCUGUUUUUUUGGGGGGGGGAGGAGUACUUUUAAUUAUUUUUUUUUCCAAUUCAUUACGGAUCAUUUCCCAAUACUCUUGCACAAGUCCACCACAUAUGGGUCAGCUUAUGUCAAUAUGGGCCUAUGUCAGCAUAACAAGGUUAAUUACUCAAGUAUGUGGAAGGAAGGGACCCGUGUGGCGCUGAGGGUUAAACCACAGAGCCUAGGACUUGCCGAUCAGAAGGUCGGCGGUUCAAAUCCCCGCGACAGGGUGAGCUCCUGUUGUUCGGUCCCUGCUCCUGACAACCUAGCAGUUCGAAAGCAUGUCAAAGUGCAAGUAGAUAAAUAGAUACCACUCCGGUGGGAAGGUAAACGGCGUUUCCGUGUGCUGCUCUGGUUCACCAGAAGCGGCUUAGUCAUGCUGGCCACAUGACCUGGAAGCUGUAUGCUGGCUCCCUCGGCCAAUAAAGCGAGAUGAGCGCCGCAACCUCAGAGUUGGUCACGACUGGACCUAAUGGUCAGGGGUCCCUUUACCCUUUUUUUAUGUGGAAGGAAGAAUGGUGAGCUGGAGUCUCCCGGGCGAAAUGACCCCUCCUCACACUUUCUCCACAUUUUGACUUUUCAGAUGACUCCCAAACAUUCACGGUGCAAGUGCGACAGGUGGAGGACUACCCUGUGGACAUCUACUACCUGAUGGACUUGUCCAAUUCCAUGAAGGAUGACCUCCGCAAUAUCCAGAACUUGGGUACCAGGCUAGCCAUAGAAAUGCGCAAAGUGACCAGCAACCUGAGGAUUGGCUUUGGAGCCUUUGUAGACAAACCCAUGCCUCCUUACAUGUACAUUUCCCCUCCGGAAGCCAUCAAAAACCCAUGCUAUGAGUAAGUUAUCUGAGCGACCCUCUGAUAAAUGUUCAUAAUCUAGAGUUUGGAAAGGUUGCCAGUUUUGUGAAGUUAUUCCCGUUCCACCUUCGCUUUGAGGCAUGGUAGACCUAAUGAAGGUCCGCUCUUAACCUCAUUUUGAAAAUCAGGUGAGCUGGGGGAAUGUGUGCUCCCAUCCGUAGCUUAGUCAGUAGAGCCAUGAGACUCUUAAUCUCAGGGUUGUGGUUUUGAGCACCACCUUCGGCAAAAGAUUCCUUCAUUUGGGCUAGAUGUCCCUUCCAGCUCUACAAUUCUAUGACUUCUAUGAUCCCACAUCAAAUCAGUCCCUCCCUUGCCUUCACUGCAGUUAAGAGAUGCGCCAGCCCCAACGUUAACUGUUGUUAAGGCUAAAUACCUGAAGGAGUGUCUCCACCGUCCAGCUCCAAGGGCCUUCUGGCAGUUCCCUCACUGUGAGAAGCGAGGUUACAGGGAACCAGGCAGAGGGCCUUCUCAGUAGUGGCGCCUGCCCUGUGGAACGCCCUCCCAUCAGAUGUCAAGGAAAUAAACAACUAUCUGAUUUUUAUAAGCAUAGCUCCCUUUUCUUGCGAGGAAUCCUAUUCGGAAUAAGGGAAUUUCCCUUUUAAAAAGGGGAAAGUUGGCAGCUAUAUUUGGAAGACAUCUGAAGGCAGCCCUGCUUAGGGAAGUUUCUAAUGUGUGGUCUUUUGUUGUGUUUUUAAUAUUCUGUUAGGAGCCACCCAGAGUGGCUGGGGAGGCCCAGCCAAAUGGGCGGGGUAUAAGUUGUUGUUAUUAUUAUUAUUAUUAUUAUUAUUAUUAUUAUUUAUUUAUUAUUAUUACAUGCACACUGCUGGGAGUUGGGUUAGGAAGCCUUUUGUAUGUGUCUCAGCUCAAGAAAAAGUGACUGAAAUGCAUAAUUAGAGAGCGCCUGCCCCCCCGCCUUGGGAUCAAUGGCUAUGGUAGUUUUAAUCAGGCCUCCAGGGCCCUGUUUGCCUGCCCAAAGCGACUUCUGUUUUGCCUCUUCCCUUCAGCUUGAAGCCCCCAGAUAACCGCUGCCUGCCAAUGUUCGGAUACAAGCAUGUCCUGGCGCUCACAGAUGAGGUAAAGCGUUUCAAUGAGGAGGUGAAGAAGCAGAGCGUGUCGAGGAACCGGGAUGCGCCGGAAGGCGGGUUCGAUGCCAUCAUCCAAGCGGUUGUCUGUGAUGUAAGAGCCCCCCCUUGCCGUGGGUCAAAAGGAUCACUACUGCUACUUAUUAUUAUUCAAUUUAUAUACUGCCCUAUACCCGGAGGUGUUGGGGCAGUUCAGAGAAAAGAUGACAACAUAUAUAAUCAGAAUAAAAACAACAACCCAAUAACAGCCCCCCCCCCCAAGGAAAGAGCCACGUUUUAAAAGGGUAUAGGAAGUAAAACAGAUCAACCAAAGGCCUGGCUAAAAAGGAACGUUUUUGCCUGGCGCCUAAAGGUGUACAGCGGUACUUCAGGUUAAGAACUUAAUUCGUUCUGGAGGUCCGUUCUUAACCUGAAACUGUUCUUAACCUGAAGCACCACUUUAGCUAAUGGGGCCUCCCACUGCCGCCGCGCCGCCGCCACCGCCACCGCAUGAUUUCUGUUCUCAUCCUGAAGCAAAGUUCUUAACUCGGAAGUACUAUUUCUGGGUUAGUGGAGUCUGUAACCUGAAGCGUAUGUGACCCGAGGUACCACUGUAUAAUGAAGGCACCAGGCAAGCCUCUCUAGGGAGACCAAUCCACAGAUGGGGAGCCACUGCAGAGAAGGUCCCGUUGUCGUGUUCUCACCCUCUGGACCUAUCAAGGAGGAGGAUAGAGAACAACUUCUUAGCAGAUUGCAUUUGCCUGAUGUUUCUUAGAGUGUGGAGGGGAAGCUAGCUGGAUCUUCCAACUCAGACAGGAACCCAAUAUGUAUUGAGCUUGCCCUGUAUUGACCCCCCCCCCACAAUUAUUCGGCACCCUGCCUGUGAAGUUAAAGCCCUAAAGCAGGGGUCAGAGCCCUUGCAACAUUCCUUCAGAGGUAAUCUGCCAGUGCUAGGCUGGGCCAGGAUGAAAGGACGACCUCCUUCUCUUUCUUCUCUGACCCCUUUCCUUCCUCUUCCUGCUUUUGAAAUUAGGAUGUGGGUUGGAUGGCAGUUGGGCCAAGGGCUGCAGGUUCUCCAUUUGGGCUUUAAAGAGAUAGCCUAGGCCAGGCAAGUCCAACUCCCCAAAGUCUGCGAUCUACUCAAAGUAUAAAAAGACUGGCUGUGAUCUACCCCUUUUUUUCAAUCGCCAAGGAACGCAAUGCCUAUUGCUAUGCAGUGGUACCUUGGGUUACAGACGCUUCAGGUUACAUAUGCUUCAAGUUACAAACUCCGCUAACCCAGAAAUAUUACCUCGGGUUAAGAACUUUGCUUCAGGAUGAGAACAGAAAUCGUGGAGCGACGGCGCAGCAGCAGCAGCAGGAGGUGCUGUGGCAGCGGGAGGCACCAUUAGCUGAAGUGGUGCUUCAGGUUAAGAACAGUUUCAGGUUAAGAACAGACCUCCAGAACGAAUUAAGUACUUAACCCGAGGUACCACUGUACUGCCUUCCACAAUCGACCUGGGACACCCCCAAGAUCAAUCUGUUGGACAUCCCUGGCUUAGGCUAAUUGAUGUAGAGCAGUGGUUCCCAGUUGGUGGUCUGUGGACCCUAGGGGGUCCAUGUAACCCACCUGGGGGGAGGUCUGUGUCACCAUUCCCAUAACAAAAACUACCAUGUUGUUGUUUAGUCGUUUAGUCGUGUCCGACUCUUCGUGACCCCAUGGACCAGAGCACGCCAGGCACUCCUGUCUUCCACUGCCUCCCGCAGUUUGGUCAAACUCAUGUCGGUAGCUUCGAGAACACUAUCCAACCAUCUCGUCCUCUGUCAUCCCCUUCUCCUUGUGCCCUCCAUCUUUCCCAACAUCAGGGUCUUUUCCAGGGAGUCUUCUCUUCUCAUGAGGUGGCCAAAGUACUGGAGCCUCAGUUUCAGGAUCUGUCCUUCCUGUGAGCACUCAGGGCUGAUUUCCUUAAGAAUGGAUAGGUUUGAUCUUCUUGCAGUCCAUGGGACUCUCAAGAGUCUCCUCCGGCACCAUAAUUCAAAAGCAUCAAUUCUUCAGAGAUCAGCCUUCUUUAUGGUCCAGCUCUCAAUUCCAUACAUCACUAAAUGUUCAAAAGCAGGGGGUCUGUGGCUUGAUUUUUGAAAAACACGGGAACCGCAGUGCUUAACUAAUCGGGAACCAUUGAUGUAGAAGAGUAUAUUCCUUUGUAGGGCUUGUUUGUGUUUGUGUCUGUCACGAUGGAGACUGCAGCGCCAUUUUUAUUUUGCUUCAGGACAAGAUUGGCUGGAGACCGGAUGCCUCCCAUUUGCUGGUCUUUACUACAGAUGCCAAGACGCACAUUGCUUUAGAUGGGAGACUGGCAGGGAUUGUGACGCCCAACGAUGGAGAGUGCCACAUGGGAAGCAACAAUUUAUAUGACGCUUCCACCACAUUGGUAAGGCUGGGUGGCUGCAGCCACAAGGCCAGGAUUGCAACCGCUACAGGUCAUUCUGCUGUAGUUGAUAUGAUAAAUGGAUUCAAAAGGAGAUAGUAGGCAAAUCCUAGGAUAUUAGAGUAUAUUUUACUUCCCGAGGACCAGAGACAAUGUGCCUUGGAAUUCCAAUUGCCUGAGAAGUGCAUCUGGUUGUCCAUCAUAAAAAAAAGAUGUUAGACUAGUUAGGCCUUUGGUCUGAUCCAGCAGGGCUGCUCUUAAAGUUCACAAUAUAUUUUGCAUUCCAUAUUUAUAUUUUCUGUUUUUUGGUGAGGUAAAACCCCAGAGGCCAAAAGACCACCUGUAUAAGAGCUUUGAUAUCUGUGUGGGUUCAACCCAUCAUCUGGGUUCUAUUUCCCCCCCCCCCUUUUUAAAUAAUUUUUUAAUUAGGUUUUUUAAAAGAAAUUUGUAUACAUAUAAAACAUAGCAUUUUCAAAUAUUAAAAUACAGAGUUCUUUCAAAUCCUUAUACUUCCUUCCCUCCCUCCAUGGGUUCCUUCUUUAAGAUUAAAUUUACUGCAUCUUUUACCUUUAUCUAACUAUUAUAUAACCAUAUUUAUCAUUAAAGCAAUUCCACAUUAAAAGUGUGCUAUUUCUUGGUUACACUACAUGUAACAGCGUGUGAGAAAGAGAGGGAGAGGUGCUGAGAUCUGGCAAUAGAUAGGUAGGCAGGAAAUAAAUAGAUAAGAUUUGUGAUGGCACUAACUUUGUUAGGAUGGUCACAUCUUCUAUUUUAACUGGCCAUUGUUAGACACCUUCUCGUCCAGAGUUGUCCAAAAUGCCUUUUCUGAUGACCCUCAGAAACAUUCAAGAAAAAAAAGUCGUAAAGCCUUAAAAUUUUAUUUUUUGUGUCAUGUGUUGUGAACAUGCAUCUGUUUGUUUAUAAAAUUGUUUAAUCAUUAAAUCUAUUAAUUGUAUAUUUAUUUACAUACAAUUAUAAAUAAUUCUGUAUCUUAAAUAACUUUAAAUAUUUUGAGAACACUUUAAUUUACGAUAUGGAAAAUUAGUUCAGCGUGUGGUCCGUCACUUCUGUGCUGAAGUACUCUUGCUUGCAGCUCAAUUGGUAUGAAAAGUUGGACUGUCCUUCCUAUCCCAGUCCUUUGAGGGGUGAAAUAGGGUGAAAAUGUGUUUAUCCUGUUCCCCUCACAUCAGACACAAGUGGAUUUUCCGUUCUCUAACUUUCUCUUCCCUCCCCCGCUAAGGAUUAUCCGUCCCUCGGCUUGAUGACAGACAAACUCUCUCAGAAAAACAUCAACUUGAUUUUUGCCGUGACAAAGGCCAUUGUGGAUCUCUACCGAGUAAGUAGACCCUUUGAAGCAACAGUUUCGUCGAGAACAUUGGGAGUAGCAGGUGGGGCUUGAAUGAGGCUGUCCAAAUGCUAAAAUAUCAGCUUGGGUGUUAACCUUUUAAAUUGUCGAAGGUGGAGCAAACAAAAGCUCUUAUCGGCCUAAAUAUUAGCAGAAUUUACUGGAAACCCUCCACUUCUGUUGAAUAGGAUCCAAAAUGCAGCGGUCUGAUUGGUCCUAGAACAAUAGGAUUCAGAAUGCCGCAGUCUGAUUGGUCCUAGAACAAUGCAGCGGUAUGACUGGUCCGCAGGAGCCACCCAAUCCAGCUCCAGGUGGAAGUGAAUCCGCAACCUGAUUGGCCUACAGGAGAAUCCCGGAAUUAGCCAAUCACGUGCUGCCCAUUUUGUAAAUAAUGUAUAUAAAGCAGCUAUUUUGGGGGAACUUUCAUUCCUCACUACUAUGAGCUGAAUAAAGAGUAUGAAAUCCGCACUCGACUCCACGUAUAUUUCAACUUUUUUAUUUUCAGAACUACAGUGAGCUGAUCCCUGGCACCACUGUAGGGACCCUGUCAGCCGACUCCAGCAAUGUUUUGCAGCUCAUUGUGGAUUCCUACGAGGUGAGUCCCUAGACCUGUGAUAUGCAGAAGCAAGGCAGAUCCAGGUAAAAUGGGCAGGUGCCAGAUUUCCAGGGGCACCUCCCACAGCUAAGCAAACUUUGUUGUGUGAUACAGCCGACACCUGUGUGUUUGGAUGAGGUGCACAGCGUUCGCUUAGCAGCUCAUUGGCUGAGCGAGGCUCCCUAAAUUCCAGGAGACAUGAUCCGGAGGCCUCUGAUCUUCAUUGCCUGCUGCGCAUAGUUGUAAAGUUGUAAAAGCGGAGGAAAUGCAGGCGUUAAAAUUGAAAUAGUAACCCAGCUGUGACUCUAUUGUUACUCUGUUCAGGAGGGCAGGUUUUAAUUCACUUCCCAGUUGCAAAUUGCACAAAGGGUUUUCUGUCUAGUUUGGGCUUUCUGAGCUUUUCUCUCUGGCAUCUUAGCUUUCCACACUCAGAGAGAUAUUAUCAUGGGGUUGAGAAAGAGGGAUGUGGACGUUCAAGCACUCCCCACCCCCCAGGUGUUUUUUUUAAAAAAUUAUUUAUUAUAUUUCGUAUACCACCCUUCAGCCGUAUAUACCAGGGCAAUCCAAACUGCUGCAAACAGGUGUCUCCUAGUGUAAGUGAUGCAUUAAUAUUGCUUCCACUCCAGCAGUUUGGUCUGGAAAUGCUAUCCUUUGUUUACUCUGCUUUUAUGGAGCCAUCUGGAUAACCUCCUUAAAAUAUAGUUGCAUUCUGCCAUUGACUGUGUUCCCUCCCAUGUUCAUAACUUAUCCGAAGCAGUAUUUAAUUAGAAUCUUCCUGCCUGACAGUUCUGCCCCCCUUUUGCUACUUCCUGCUAAACACAGCGACAGGAUCACUGUUGAAUAACGUGUGUGUGUGUGUGUGUGUGUGUGUGUGUGUGUUUAUAUCCACAUAUAAAAAACAGCUGACUUUCCAGGCUGAAAGCCCCUCUAGCAUAGCAGGGGGUGGUCAGUGCCCUUUGCUGUUUUUCUGCAACAAAAUGUUGCAGUGCAUUCUCUUUGUAUGCCCAACCUUUCAAGGUAUAGUGUGACUUUCUCAGGGUGACAUUGCUGCAUAGCUAAGCCGUUUGAACCCUAGCCUUUCUGACCCAAGCCAAUACACUUUACUUAAUCCACUGCACGACUCUGGAUUGACUUGAGAGGAGUGAAUUAAUUAACAAAACUCCCAUCAGCAAUGGAGCCAAAGCUUUCAGCAGGCUGUAUCCAAUACUAGCCGUGCUCAGGGCAGAGCCACUCAAUUUAAUGGACAGGACUAAGAGGCUCAUUAAAUUUCAGUGGCUUUAUUCUGAAUAAAACUAGCAUUGCAUACAACCCAGAAUAUUGUUUUCCAGGCCUGCUCAGUUUUUCGGCUUAUCAUUGUGUUUUAGCAUUGUUGUAAGCCACUCAGAGACCUUUGUUUUUGGAUGUAAACAAGAAUAAAUAUGAAUGAAUGGGGAAAUGUGCUUGUUUUUUUUUGUUGAGGGUCCAUCUUGAGCUUAAGUGUGGCUGCAUCUACACAGCUAUAGAAAGCACUCUGAAAAUGCUCUGGGUGGGGAGAAACCUUUUAAACCUCACAAUAGAAAAUUUCAUAGAGUUCUGAUUCAGCUCUACGGCGUCCUCUGGAGUUAGUGUUAUAAUGCAUUUAUAACGGUUUGUUUUUACUAAUGUAGCUGAGUCCUCAGACAUUCCCCCUGUUCCUCUUUCAGAAAAUUCGUUCCAAGAUUGAACUAGAAGUUCGCAAUCUGCCGGAUGAAUUGUCCCUCUCAUUCAAUGCCACCUGCCUGAACAACGAAGUCAUUCCUGGAGUUAAGUCCUGCGUUGGCCUUAAGAUUGGAGACACGGUGAGUAAGAACUGCAAGGGGCUGGGGUAGGAGGACCACUUCUCCAUGUCCCUCGUUCAAAGGGAAUCCAAGCCUCCACCAGCAGUCUUAAGAAGGUUCACAGCAAAGAAGCAGAGGCAAGAGGAAAGUGUCAGCAAAAUGUGCAAGUAAUCUUUCUGCCUUCAUCAUAAAACUUUUGUGUAGUGGUGUUUUUUUGUGUGUGGGUUAAAAUUUGGGAGGCAGAGGGCCUCAAAAGUUAAAAAGUAAGGGACCAUGUGUCUGCACAUUUGUAUUCAGUAGCAUCGAGCACCCCUUUCCCUUGGGACGUGGGUGGCCCUGUGGUCUAAACCACUGAACCUCUUGGGCUUGCCGAUCAGAAGGUCGGUGGUUUGAAUCCCCGCGAUUGGAGUGAGUUCCCGUCGCUCUGUCCCAGCUCCUGCCAACCUAGCAGUUUGAAAGCAUGCCAGUGCAAGUAGAUAAAUAGGUACCACUGCGGCGAGAAGGUAAAUGGUGUUUCCAUGCACUCUGGUUUCCGUCCCGGUGUCCCGUUGUGCCAGAAGCGGUUUAGUCAUGCUGGCUACAUGUCCCAGAAAGCUGUCUGUGGAGAAGUGCCGGCUCCCUCGGCCUGAAAGCGAGAUGAGCGCCGCAACCCCCAGCGUCACCUUUGACUGGACUUAACCGUCCAGGGGUCCUUUACCAUUUUUUUACCCCUUUCCCCUGCUAAAAUGAUCUGAUUUACUACACUCCCUUCCCUAAGAACAAAAGCAGACCUGUCCUCAGGCACUCUCCAUCCACUACGGUGAAUCACCAUGUUUGCCACUGCCGCAAAAAGAACAAGAGGCUAUAUAUGGAAUUGCCUAUUUGAUGCAAAAAAAACAACAACAGCCCCCUGUAUAAUGACACUCUUUGUUUAGUAAGCGGAGAGAAUUUAAAUCAGUUUCAUGAAACGGCACUUAACGGAACUCUUAGAAACAGAAGAACUUGAACAGAAAUUCCUGUGAAUUUCCUGACAAGGUGACUGCGUCUCCCCAUAUCACGCAGUCCUUGGAAACUUCUCCAGGCACAAGGGUGUUUGCCCUAUACUGCGAUUUCUAAGAGCUGCGUUAGCUGAAGAGACGUGGUCUCUCCCCCCCCCCAAUAAAUGGACUGAGAUUCUGCCCAGUUACUGAGCAAAAGAAUGUCGUCGCAACUCAUUGCAACAUCGCGAAUGGGCAGCUUUGGUACGAAUUGGGCAAUUCCACUUCCAGGCUGUGAGAGAUGGGUUAUUAAAAGUGCAGAAUCCGAACGGUUGGGGUUUUUUAAAGGUGUUUCCUUGAGGAAGGGUGUGAGGGCAGUUCCGGAUGUCUUGCUCUUUCCAGGUGAGCUUCAGCAUUGAAGCAAAGGUGCGUGGCUGCCCUGCGGAACCACAGAAGACUUUCACCAUCAAGCCGGUGGGUUUUGAGGACAGCCUGACAGUGCAGGUGAACUUCGACUGCGACUGCCGUUGCCAAAAGUUUGCCCAGCCGGACAGCGACAUCUGCAGCAACGGCAACGGCACCUUUGAAUGUGGCAUGUGCCGCUGCCACCCGGGCCGCCUGGGCACCCAGUGCGAGUGCUCCGAGGAGGAAUACAGCCCCUCGCAGCAGGAUAACUGCAGCCCCCACCAGGGGCAGCCUGCUUGCAACCAGCGGGGAGAAUGUAUCUGUGGCCAGUGCGUCUGCUACAGCAGUGACUUCGGCAAGAUCUCCGGCAAGUACUGUGAAUGCGAUGACUUCUCCUGCGUCCGGUUCAAGGGCGAGCUGUGCUCUGGUAAGUGGGGAAAUGUCGUGGGGUUGGGGGCCUUGGAACUGGGCUUUUGAGAACUUGGUGCAAUUUGAAACGAAAGGGCUCACCCUGCGUUCCGUUCGUCCCCUUCUCUGAUCAAGCAGACUCAUGGAAGUUGUAGCCCCAAACAUCUGGCUGCUUGGGUGGGGGGCUGUUGGCGCACCGUAGGAAUGGAUGGCGCUCUCAAACACUGCCAGCUUGCUCUCAAACUUUUUGUGUCUAGCCGGAAAGGUUUGGUUUCCUCCUCUGAUUUCACGGGGGAAGCUUUGCGUGUCAAGACCCCGCAGCCACGCCCUCGUUGAAAAUAACUCACACAAGGACACAGAUAUUAGGUUUAUGUUAUUGGGCAAAUUUUGGCCGCAACUUUGAAUUACAGAAUGUGAGUGGUAUUGGCUUCGGCAUUGAUUGGACCUGACUAUAUCUGACUCCUGCCCAUUGUGCAGGAAGUCCACUAAGGGUAAGCCACCGAUAGGGGGAGCCCUGUCGAUGCGAACCAACUCGAGCUCCCCCUGGUGUUCCCGUCGGGGUCAUGUCAAGGCCCUAGCCCCCAGCUGGGCUUCGGAGUGCUCUGGCUUGCUCCUUGGUUUAAACGGCCCCGGCCAUGCCCCCCCAGCCAGCGGAUUGGCUGGCCGGGCUCUGACGUGGCCGGGAUCCCCCUGGCAACGGGGUACAAAAUCCCCCACCCCCGGUGGGGAGUGGGUGGCCACGCGGUCCACCGCAACUCCUCCCCACUGGGAAGUGGAGCGGAUCUGUGCCCAGUUGCAAUGUCCCACCUUUGAAUCGAUCCGAGAUUAUGUUGCGGAACGGGCAGUACCUUUUUAAAGGCGUGUACAGAGGCGUAGCAUUGGGGCGGGCAGGGGGCGGGACAGGGAGCCCAUGGCCCCAGGCACACAUUUUUGAGGGGGCACAAUCAGAUGCCCCCACAACAGGCAGAGGCAGGCUGGUCUAGUGGUCAGGUGGAUGGAGGCAGCAGGUGAGGGGCCUGUUGGAGGUGGGCUCCGUUCACCCUCCAUGUGGGCUCCACACAGCCGUCCUCUGGCGUGUGCCCCCACCCCAGCUCCCCAGUCUAUGGGGGGGGGACCACACUUGCUCCACCUCGGGUACCAGCAACCCAUGCUAUGCCACUGGGCAUGUGCCCUGGUUCCUUUUCUAUACAGAGAAUAAUUAAUAUCACUUUUUAUCAACAUGCGUCCAACAGUCAAUGUUUUUUUUUUUAUAGCAAAGAGGUUUGUAGUUUUGGGCACACAGCACAAACACAGUGCCAACUGAAGUCUUUCUAACAAUAAUCAAUGCAUAGAACCAGCCAGCGCUGGACAGAAAUAAAGGUGUUCCUGGGGAACAGCACACCCUCCUUCCCUUCCUAAGUGGUGUAUCUGCUAGUCCUUGGCUCCUUUCCUUUAGGACGAGGCCCCAAAUGGCAAAGAUUUAAUUGUAGCUGAACUUUGAUGUGGGAAAAGUACUCACAUACUUACUCUGUGAGGUCUGCCAGAAAUCAGUUUCUUGCUGAUCUAUGUUAAGCAGAUUACCCUGUCCAAGAGAGUUAUUUGGGAUACGGGAGGGGGAAAACAUGGGGUUUGGAUCUUGGAAGGGAUUAAGAAAUAAGUGCACUUUUGGCCUCACUUCUGAAAGGGGACCUGGAGGCUCCUGGCUGAAACUGAUAGAUAGAUACUGAAAGAUAGAUCAUAAUGACCUUUGAGGACUUUGUUUUAGCUAUACAUAGGAGUUUUGAUUCUGUUAACCUUUAAUUGGCUUUUAUUCUUAUUUUUCCUAUGUUGUUAGCUGUUUCCAUUUUUACCUGUAAGCCACCUUGAGUGUUCCCAUCAGAGAAAAAGGCGGGAUCUAAUUAAUUACUAUAAUAACUAUAUAUGCAUAGGAAACUGAAACACACACAUACAGAACUUUUUGUAUUUUGCCAUAGGAGGUAGGAUUCAAAAAGUAAUAACAUUUUUAUUCGAGCAUUUGGUAUUCACACCAUAGCAAGCUCGUGGGUUACACAAAACUCUUAUUCAGGCAGGAACUGAAUUUGUUUACCUCCUCAAAUAAGAUUUCUGUGCAAGUGGAAAGCUUGAUGUUGGAAGGGAGGGUGCCAGUUCAGCAGUGCUUCCUGGUCUGUGCUUGUAAUUGAUGACUUCUUGAUCCAGACUUUGAUUAUGUCUGCUUCCCUGAAGGAGGAAAGGGCUGCUUGGGUGUGCCUUUCUUUUUAGUUACAGGAUUCAGGGUGGCUGUGUGGGUGACUCAAUGUGAUAAGGACUGGUGGGGAAAGGGGCAACUGUUGUGGUUGUGUGAGCUGGGAGAAUCAUCCUUGCUCCUUGUACAGAGCAGCAGCGCAUUCCGUUCCAUAUGAGUUUCUGUGUGUGUUGUGAAAUACAACAAACAUUGUGCAAUGCGUCCGUUUGAGAUGUUUACAGCCCAUUGAUAAAGCAGGCGUGCCAUUCAUUGCGUAAGCCGCUGUGAUGCUUUUAGGAGAAUACUGACCUUUGAUACUCCAUUCAGAGGAUAUCGUAGUAGAAACAAGACGCUCACAUAAAGCAUGGUUUGGCCCUGAAUCCACCACUGAAUUGGGAGAUAAUGUAGCCAAGCCGUCUCCUGCCCAUCCCUAAAAAGCUGAGAGGAAACAAGAGGUGGGAAGCCACAGCAGCCUUGAAUCUCACUUGGAGAUGAGUGAAUCUGUCAGUGUUGGUUUUCCCUCGGUUUAUCAUUUUUCCUAUCUUAAGUUUUCCACAUUUCCAGGUUAGGUCUGCGAUUGAAAUGAAAAGUACCCAUGAAAAUUCAUCAGCAUUUUAGUGUGAAUUUCUCCUCUGAUAUACACUUUCCGUACACAGUUUUGCCUCAUCCGCACACUUCCGCAAAGCCGUUUUCCCUAAGGCAACACAUUUUUGUAGGUUGCGUUCGCUAAUUUAUGCAUUGCCAUGCACAUGUUGUUGCAGUAUGUGCUUGUUAUCGGUUGUAAAACUGAGAGAAUUUGGAAGACUGGCUGUGUUUCAGUUCAUGUAUGGUUUUCAAAAAGCAUGGCUUGGCCCAAGCUCAUUUCUAAAUGUGAACUGAAUUAAAUUCCCCCAAUCCCUUCUUCUUCUUUGGCGAUCACUCGUAGCCGAGUAAGAUUGUCUUCCAUAAACACGGUUUUAACAAUGAGUCCGUAAGUGACUUUGGAGGCCAAUUCUAGAUCCACACGUCCUUCCACAGUGGGGACAUUGGUUCCCGGGUGGGAGUUGAUCAAUGUGUGGAUUUGCCAAGCGUGCCUUCCUCUUAGCACGUUUCUCCCUUUUGUCCUGAGUUUGAGUGUCUUCAAAGCCCAUGACACCUUUGGUAAAGGCUGUUCUCCAAUUGGAGCGCUCACAGGCCAGUGUUUCCCAGUUGUCGGUGUUUAUACUACAUUUUUUUUAGAUUUGCCUUGAGACAGUCUUUAAACCUCUUUUGUUGACCAUCAGCAUUACGCUUUCCAUUUUUAAGUUUGGACUAGAGUAGUUGCUUUGGAAGACAAUAGUCAGGCAUUCGCACAACAUGACCAGUCCAACGAAGUUAAUGUUGAAUAAUCAUUGCUUCAACACUGGUGAUCUUUGCUUCAUCCAGUACACUGAUAUUAGUUCGCCUGUCUUCCCAAGUGAUGUGUAAGAUUUUUCAGAGACACCAUUGAUGGAAUCUUUCGAGAAGCCUGUUGCCAUAGAACAGGCAUGUCCAAGCGGUCAAUCGCAAUCUACUGGUCGAUCGUGGGGCAUCCCUGGUCGAUCGCAUUGAUCCCCCCCCCAAAAAAAAAGCUCAACAACUUUGGGUUUUCCUCCCCAGAAAAAUCUCAACAACUUUGGUCAAUCCACUGGGUAGAUCACUGCCAGUUUUUUUAUAGUGGGAGUAGAUCGCAGUCUCUUGGGAGCUGGACAUGUCUGCCAUAGAGUACCCUCAGGCUUCAACAUGGCAGCACUCAGAGGGAAAGGAAAGUACCCAUUUCCCCCAGAGACCUUUCCUGACGGUGUGCUGCAGUGCCACACAACAGGCAAAGGAAGCUGCCAUCAGGUUGAGCACACAAAUCGGGUCACAAAUUUCAACAUUUCCGGAAUGGGAAAUACUGAUGCUGAGCAUGUUUGCUCCCACUUCUUAAUGGACCUUGUGCCUGUACUGCUGACCAGUGGCACACCUCGGGGGUCUCAAAUUUCAGCGGACGCCUAAAACUGACACCCCCUGCCUCUCGUCUUCCAUUCCACAUCAUAGUUAUAAUAAUUUAAUUUAAUUGCAUUAGCAUACCGCCAUAGCAAAAUAAGACAAUACAAAAAAUGUUGGGGACAAGCAACCAAGCAAAAUUCAAAGCGAUAUUGCUGGCGUAAUGACAUUUAAAACACCCUAAGACAAUAAUACAGAGAUUUGGUUGCCAGCGCCAAAAAGACUAGUAUGCGGAUAUAAAUAAAGCAUAAAAUGGCCCCAAAAUAGGCUCAGCACAUUGAGUUAAAAAGGUAAUAAAAGAAUUAAACAGGUCCAGGACUAGGGCACACUACCCUGUCAGAGUAGCCCUGAGUUUCAGAGCCUGCACUGUGAAGAUUGCCACCCCACGUGAAAUUUGGGGAUUUGCGUCCACAAGAAGUGCUUUCAGACAGUCUUCCUUAGAUGAAAUGGAGGACGGGAUCAAGAGGAGGAGCUUAGGUCUUAUUGGGUCAUAAAUAGGGCAGUAGAAAAAGAAAUGUAUGAAGUCCUCUACUUCAUUCAUUGUGCAUGGACAUAGACGCUGAGUAAUAGGGGUCUUAGAGUAGGUCCCCUGCAGGAAGGCCGUGGGUAUAGAAUGAAAACGGGCCAUUGUAAACGCUCUUCUCAAAUUGGGCUCCGUCAGGUCUAUCAAGUAGUUGGCAAGUGAUCUUACCACUUUCACUUUAGGGAGCCACAUGGAGAGGCGAGCUGAGGUGGACUGUGCCCGGUCCAUGGCCUCAUCUCUUGUGAGAAUCCAGGCCCGGAUUUUAUGUUGGUCCCAAGAUGACAACGUGUCGAAUUCUGGGAGGGAGUAGCGUACAGUAAUAGUCUCCAUGGCCUUGGACCAUUUGUUGGAGUGAGAACAAGUUAAAAAGGCUUGCCUGGCUAGUAGGGAACCUGGGGCAUUGAUUAAUUUGCAAUAAAAACUAAUAAUUCUAAUGUGGGCUCUCGCAACAAUGGAGGGGAGGCCCAGUUCAGUUCUUAACUGAGCAGCAACCGAGCCCUUGGGGAGACCCAGUAUCUUUCGUGCAAAAGAGUUUUGUAGACUCUCCAGCCGUUGUAGUGUUUUUAAAUUCCACCCCCAGAUUUCAACCCCAUACAGUAACAUCGGGAGGACUUUGCUAAUAAAUGCUUUUCUGAUUGGUGGAACCAACUGUCCGCCUUUUGCAUAGAAGAAUUUCUCCAAGGCUUUGAUGGUUCUACGGGCAGCCAGAAUGGUCAUAUUUAGGUGAGCUGACCAGCUAAGCCCAUGCUGAAAAGUGAUUCCCAAAUACUUGAAAGCUGAGCAAUAUUCAAUAGAGUGGCCCUCAAAGUUCCAGAAUGACUUCCGAGUUUUCGUGCCAAAAGUAAGAAUUUUGGUUUUGGCGAAAUUAAUUUUGAGGGAAUUGGUAUCACAAUAUGUCAUGAGCCCUCUGAGCAUGUUGUUUAAGCCCUGCUUGGUUAAAGACAGUAUCACCAUGUCGUCCGCAUAGAGUAAUAUGGGGAUCUUGAGCUGUUGUAGAGUGGGGUCAGUUUGAUUUAGGGCCUGCAUAGUUGUAACGAUGUCGUUGAUAUAGAAAUUGAAUAGAAAAGGGGCCAAGAGGCAGCCCUGUUUGACCCCUUUAUUCAGAGGGAAAGAAUCAGAAAGAGCUCCCAGGGGGCCGAAUUUUACUCUGGCCGAUAUGUCAUUAUAAAUUUCCAUAAGAAGAAGGAGGAGUCUCUUAUCUAUGUUGGUGUAACUAAGCUUCUGCCAUAGCCUAUCUCUGGGAAUGGAGUCAAAAGCGGAGGUCAGGUCCACAAAAGCCGCGUGUAGUUUGCAGUUAAACCUGUUUAAGUAUUUAUCAAUCAGGGUAAAUAGAACAAGGCAUUGGCCAGAUGUACUGUGACCUUUACGGAAGCCAGCCUGUUCCGAGUGGAAUAGCUUUGUUUCUUCUGCCCACUCGAUUAAUUUCUCUAGCAAGAAUCUAGAGUAAACCUUGUAUGAUAUGUCUAGCAGGCUGAUGGGUCGAUAGUUACGCGGAUCUUGUGGGUCCCCCUUUUAUGUAUUGGGAUGACUAUGCUCUGUUUCCAAUUUGGCGGGAUCUUAAGAGUGGCAUUAAUAGUGGUAAAGAGAGAUGCAAAAAUAGGGGCCCACCACAUCUGGUUCAAUAAGAAUACCUCGGGUGGAAUCAUAUCCUCCCCGGGAUUUAUCCCCUGAUAACAUGCUAAUUAGUUGUACACAUCUCUCUGGGGAGACUGGCUCCCAGGUGGGCAAGGGAGAUGCAGGAAGAAUGGAAACUGCGUUUACGUCGGAAUCUGGGGCGGAAUACAGCUGAGCAAAGUGAGAGUGCCAACUGGCUGCUGUGAUGUUAUUAACGAUGAAUGAGGGGGGUCUUAAACCUGCAUUAAUUAAAUUCCAGAAUUUCUUGUUGUCACGGGUUUUAAUGGCCACUGACAAUGCCGUCCAGCGUUCUUUCGCAAAGAUCAAUUUCUUAUGUUGGAGCAACUUCUUGUAGUAAGAACGGAAUUGGGCUAACUCCCUGAUUUUGCUCUGGGUGCUGUCUGAUUUCAUAUCAGACUGAAGAAAUCUAAGCCUACUUCUGCACUGUUUGCAUUCUUGGUCGAACCAAGUUUGAUUCUUCCAGGUUAGACUCGCACGGGAGGGUUUCGUAAGUGUUGGGAGCAAGUAGGCUAGAAUUUGUUGGAAACUUGAGAAAUGAUUCACAUUCAUUGUUACCAGCUGAGCUUUCAGGGCUAGGAUCUCAGGGGAAUUUAGGAGGACUUUUAUGUCUUGCUCCAGAUAGAUAUCCCACUUCUUACGACCGGGGGCUAAGGUCAGUGAAUCCUGGUGGAAGGAGAUGGCAAUAGGAAGGUGGUCACUUUCGGUUCUGUUGAACACAUUGAAACAAUAUGCCUUAUCAUUAAGUGCCGAGGAGGACCAGAUAUAAUCUAUAACGCUUGCCCCUCUAGAUCCUAGAAAAGUAUAGCAUCCCCGGACCAGUCUUUGGGUGUACCAUGCAAGCUGUGCAGCCCGCAGUUAAUGGUAAACUCCAGCAGUAUGAUGCCAGCCCUAUUAAUGGUCUUGUCAUGUGAAUUCCACGUAGGAAACCACUCCUCUUCUAUGAAUAGUUGCGACUUAUCGGUGAAUGAGCUUAUAUCUGCUCCGAUUCUGGCAUUAAAGUCCCCCAUUAUGAGGAUCUCUGACUUUGGGAAUUCAGCCACAGAUUUAUCAAGGAUAAAUCUUAGAUCCUCCCAAAACCGAUUUGUAUGGGAAGAGGAGUAGGUAGAUGGAUUGUACAAGUUAACACAUAUGAGGUCCCCAACCGGGCUGUUAGUGAUGUGCAAAGUUUGAAUACAAUUACUCUCUAACCAAAGGAGAGGAGAGAUAUUAAGAUGAAGCUCCUGCGAAACAAAUGUUACCAGGCCUCCACUCGGGCGCCCAGACAAAUGUGUUUUGGUCGCAGGAAUCACAAAAGCAUCAUAGCCCAGUAGGGAAGGGGGGGGUGACGAUUCUAAGCACCAGGUCUCUUGUAUACCCAUAAUCUGGAAUUUCGCUAAAAACUCUAUCAUAUCCCCGCCAUCCUGUUUGGACGUCCAUCCCGCCACGUUCCAGGAUAGCACAUUGAAGCAGUUUGGGGAGGGACUAUGUGCUAGUCAGAUACUCUGGUUGCUGGUGGAAGAAGCAUUGCCAAGGGUCUGAGACCGCGCCAGGCGUGAUACAGCCGAAGGUAUCGAAGGGGUGGUAAUUUGAUUGAUGUGGCCAGCAGGGUCUUCAAUAAAGCCUGAGCUGUCUCUUUGCACAGUGGCUUCCUUAACGUUUAUAUAUUGGCUUGAAGAGGUUACGGAUACAAGAGGUUCUGCCAAACGAGGUUGACUGACAAAGGACGAGGAUAUACAGUCAUCUGCCUGGACCGCACUGAAUGAGGACUCCAGGUCAGGCAUGGAAGAAUAGGACAUUGACAGAUUACCUGGAUGAAUGGUGUUUGGCAUAUUGCUCUUUAAGGCGAGGGACGAGGUAGUUGAUUGCAAAUCUAUUAGUAGAGGUGAAGAGGGUCUGCGUUGCGACGAUGUAUGAGGAGCUUCCGCCAGGCAGACUGCCAUAUCAUCCGUUAUUGGAGACCCAGUGAUUGGCAGGGGUUUCUGGGGUGUUAGUUGUGGUGCCCCACCUGUCGCGCCCCUGAGGCUCUGCGCCCGGUGCAACCAAACCGGCCCCACUCCCCUGAAUUUGCCUCUGCGUUCGCAGUAGCCUGCCAACCAGAAAUGAAGCAGGUGGCAAUUUUCCUAGCAUGGGAAUAGGGUUUUUAUAAAACACACCGUCAUCACAUGCAUUUAUUUGUGCCUCAAGGCUGCAGUUAAGGCGUUGGAGCGAGACUGGUUUUUGUUAAUUAUUUAAAAAAGGUGCACAGACCUAGCCCAGGGAAGUGGAUUUUGGCAUGUAAACGUGAAAACUGAAUAGAUUUGCUACGGCUCCCAAUUCCUUUUCUGUUCUUGUUGUUCUUUCCUCCACAAGCCUCGUCCUCCUCAGCAACUUUUGACUGGGUCAUUGUCUCCCGGCUCAUUCCAUCGGAGUAAUUAAUUCUAAAGCGAGUGACAAACACGCACGGCCUGUUCUCUCAGUUGGCAUGUGUUUUCCUCAGUGUCACUAGAGACUCCCCCCUCCCAAACCAGCUGCUCCUUCUCUCCCCCCCCACCAGCCUAGCUGUGAUUCACUUGAGUUUCUCAUUAACCAGUCUUUUUCAUAGUUAGCAGAGGGUCUGCAGGUUGCCACCCACCCACUGUCCCAGGAGUGUGUGGGCAUAGCUGGGCACCUCAGAGAAAACAUUUCCUCUGAAUAUUUCCACAGCAGCCUUUCGUGGGGGCUCCAGAUUGGAGCGUGCGCCGCCCACACAACUAAUGCUCUAACUGCAUCAGUGGUUUAGCAAGGUCAGCACCUACUUGGGUGGGAAUUAAAUGUAAGCACAGGCCUUGGUUUCUGGCAACCGUGAGGUAAAUUAUUAAGAGUAUACCCUCUGUUGCCUUGGCUCUUCCCCAACCCAGGGAGAACACUUCUUUUGUUAUUUAAUUCUCCUUUACCUCUGUUCUUCACUUCCAGCUGAUACCAUUUUAUGUAAUUUAUCACGUUUGUUUCUCACCCUUCCUCUGAGGACAGCAAAAGGGGUUAUCCUGUUUUAUCUUCAUAGGAACCUGGGGUGACAGGUGGGGUGGAGCGGGUAAAAGUUAAAUUUGAGGGAGUUAUAAAGAGGGUUGCCAACCAGCUAGGUAACCCACUGGCUUGGCUGUUUUGGGCAAUUCCCUCCACCCAUUGCCAGGUAAUGGAGGCAAAAGUUCCCCCUGCCAGCUCUGCUCUGACAUUUUCAGCUCUCUUUAUAUAUCUAUUGUACACAUGUUUAAUUUGGGCUCCAACACUGGAACGUAAGUCGCAUUGUGAUUUGCCCGCAGGUCAUGGUGAAUGCGUCUGCGGCGACUGCGCAUGCGACCCCGACUGGACUGGAGCCUACUGCAACUGUACCACCCGGACUGAUACCUGCAUGUCUAGCAAUGGGCUGGUAUGCAGCGGACAAGGCCGCGGCUACUGUGCCUGUGGGAAAUGCGUCUGCACCCAGCCUGGCUCUUACGGAGAUACCUGUGAGAAGUGCCCAACCUGCCCCGAUGCCUGCACUAUCAAGAAGUGAGCAAGAGGGAGCUGUGAUUUUGUGUGUGUGCGUGUGUGUGCGCCAGUUGUCUGUCGUUUCUCAAAACAACACAAAAUCAUUAAAGUAAACAUCAUAGCAGGAGGUAACCUGCUACAGACAUGUAGAAUAUUAGGGUGCAAGGUUGCAUUCUUAACUCGGAUGAUGAUGAUUGAUUAAUAAUAAUAAAUUUAUUAUUUAUACCCCGCCCAUCUGGUUGGCUUUCCCCAGCCACUCUGGGUGGCUCCCAGCCAAAUAUUAAAAACACAAUACAGAAUUAAACAUUUAAAACUUCCCUGCAGUGGUACUUCAGGUUACAGACGCUUCAGGUUACAUAUGCUUCAGGUUACAGACCCUGCUAACCCAGAAAUAGUACCUCGGGUUAAGAACUUUGUUUCAGGAUGAGAACAAAAAUCGUGCGGCAGUGGUGCUGUGGCAGCGGGAGGCACCAUUAGCUAAAGUGGUGCUUCAGGUAAGAACAGUUUCAGGUUAAGAACGGACCUCCAGAGUGAACUAAGUUCUUAACCCGAGGUACCACUCUAUUUGCUAUGCCGCUCAAUUUGAAUGGGCGUUCGCUGGAACAGCGAAGUACAGGUUUCAGGAAGACCGAAAUUUUAAUAAGGAAUGGGGGAAAUUUAUAACUUAAAGACCAUUGUAAACAGUUAAAUUCUUUAGUAGGAUUGGAACAGCACUUGUAGUUUAAGGUUGAUGUUGGACAUAAUGGGAAGAGGUAAAGGGUUUGGAUUAUCAUAAAAGAUGCGAGAGAAACUGAUUAAUAAUAGGACCCACAUAGGGGAGGACGGAUGUCCAGGAGAUUUCUUGGAAUCUUGUUUUUUAUGAUUUAUGUUUGAGACAUCUCUGUAAUAUUUUAAGUUGAAAAAUCUAAUAAUUUUAAAAAAACAACAACAAAGUACAGUCGUACCUUGGAAAUCGAACAGCUUAGUUCUCGGAUGUUUUUGCUCCCAAACACUGUAAACCUGGAAGUGAGUGUUCCAGUUUUCAAACAUUCUUUUGGAAGCCGAACAUCAGACAGGGCUUCCACGGCUUCCAGUUGGCUGCAGGAGCCAUGCUUUGGUUUCCGAACGUUUCAGAAGUCGAGCGGACUUCCGGAACAGAUUCCGUUCAACUUCCAAGUUUGAAAAGUUGACAAAAAAAAUGAAGGGAGCAAGGGGCAUGUAAAAGCUUUAAUCAACCCUUCGUUCUUACCCACUCAUCCUGAGAUUUCAUUCCUUCUCAUGAAUACCCUGAGAAGCAGCCUAAAACCCUGAAAUAUUAUUCAUAAUUACUAUUUAUAAAUUCUUACAUUUUUCUAGGCACUGUGCAAAUACUCCAUUUUCAAAUCAAGUCUGUGGCUGCAGGCCUAACAGUCUAGCCAAUAUGACACAGGAGGGGUGGGGAGGGAGCAAGAAACAAGCUAACUUGGACACUGGUUGUUAAAGUUGCAUCGCAGUUCUUCUGAUGACUGGCUGAAAAAAGGAGAUAGUUCAGGGAGGAGCCCAAUGAAUGGGGAACGUGUUCCACUCCCCCCCCCCCUCUGCUGCAGUCGGGUAGGACUGUGGCUAGCAGAGUGGCUGUUUAGAAAGAGUUAAAGGGCAGCUGGGCAAGGCUGAUGGAAUGGGCUGUACUAUCUCGCUCCUCUGUCAGAAGCAGCCACCAGGUCAAACCCUGAGACAUGGUGACCCCUAAAGGUGUGGCGUACUCUGGUAGGAAGGACACAUGCCUUGGUUAGGUGGGAGACUGGGGGAGUGGGGUGCCAGAGAUCCUGCUGAAAUCCGAAUGCAGUCAUACCUUGGAAGUCGAACGGAAUCCGUUCCAGAAGUCCGUUCGACUUCCAAAAUGUUCGGAAACCAGUAUACCUGAAGGAGCGUCUCCACUUCCAUCGUUCUGCCCGGACACUGAGGUCCAGCACAGAGGGCCUUCUGGCGGUUCCUCGCUACGAGAAGUGAGGUUGCAGGGAACCAGGCAGAGGGCCUUCUCGGUAGUGGCACCUGCCCUGUGGAACGCCCUCCCACCAGAUGUCAAAGAGUAAAAUAACUACCACACUUUUAGAAGACAUCUGAAGGCAGCCCUGUUUAGGGAAGCUUUUAAUGUUUAAUAGGUUAUUGUAUUUUAGUGUUCUGCUGGAAGCUGCCCAGAGUGGCUGGGGAAACCCAGCCAGAUGGGUGGGGUAUAAAUAAUAAAUUAUUAUUAUAAUGAGCGGCUUCCAAUUGGCUGCAGGAAGCUCCUGCAGCCAAUCGGAAGCCAUAGAACCUGCGUAGGAUUUUUGGCUUCCAAAAGAACGUUCGACAACCAGAACACUCACUUCCGGGUUUCGGUCCUUCUGGAGCCGAUUUGUUCAGGAGCCAAGGCAUUUGAGAUCCAAGAUAUGACUGUAUAGCCUCUGUUUUUGCAGUCAUGGGAUGUGGAGCCCACAUCCCUCGGCCUGCUUCAUUAUUCUCACUGUACCUGCUUCUUCCUCUUAUGCAGGGAGUGCGUGGAAUGCAAGAAGUUUGAGAGGGGGACCCUGAUGGAGCAAGAGACCUGCAACCGCAACUGCCGGGACGAGAUUGAAUUGGUGCAGGAGCUAGGUGCGUAAGAAACAUGGGGCUCUCUGUAUGACCAAGAGACCUGCCUCAGCAAGGGAUGGCAACUGUGCCAGUUCUUUCUUGCGUGAUUAACAGCCACCCAAACUCAACACCAUUCUUCCUCUCGUAUUUUAACUGCCAGCCAUCUUUUCUUUUAGACGACGCACUUUUAGAAGGGGCUCCGUUUCUCCUGCCGCUUUGCUGAAGGGGCGCUGAGCGGAGAGGGGGAGAAUUUUUUUUUCUUGUUCUUCCCCUCUAAAACAAGGUGCAUCCUAUGGUCCGGUGCAUCCUAUAGGGCAAAAAAUACGUUAAAUGGCCUCUAAUCUCAAGUGACAUUUAAAAGAAAACGGGCAAAUGCUACAUAUUUCAUGCACAAAAACCUAGGGAGCACCAAUGAUACCAAACAGGUACCUUAAGAGGUACCCGCUGCCUUGCAGGACAUCUUUGGGAGAAGAAAAGGAUAAGAGUAAACCGUCCCUAAGACGGUUGGAUGGCUCCUUGUACGCCUCCUUCCGGCAACUCCUGCAGCCAAGCUGGUGCCAAAUGUAUUUCUCUGCUUUCCUUUGUGCCAUGUCAGUGAGGCUGAGAGGGGGUCUUUGCUAGAGAUGGGAAGGCCUGGGGGGAAACUGGAAAAAUGGAGGGGAAACCAGGUUUUUUUCUGUUUUUUUCCAAAAGCCGUUUUCCCCCAGAAAAGAAAUGAAAAAAACCAGUUUGAUAUAGUUUGAGUAUUCCAUACACUCCCCCCCCCCAUUUUUCUGGAGGGGGGGGAACAGCUUCGGGGGGAAAUGGGGAAAAACCUGGGUUUAUUUUUUCUUCAUUUUUUCUGGGUUUUUCCCCAGGCCUUCCCAUCUCUAGGACUCUUGGCCCAGGACAGGGGUCUGCAACCCGCGGCUCCAGAGCCGCAUGUGGCUCUUUUACACCUUUGCCGCGGCUCCGGGGCGGAUACUAGCGAGGGGAGGAGGCGCAUUGUGCGCCCGACACUCCCCACUGUGGCGGGCGCUGUACUGGCUGUGAUGUCGCAUGGGGGCGGUGCUUGCGUUAGUCACGCACCGUCCCGACGUCACCUUCCCGCCCACCCGCUACAUUGUAAGGGGCAUGUAUGCUGGUCACUGCAUUGAAAGGGGGCAUGUACGCUGGUCACUGUUUUGAAGGGGAGUGAAGAACACACACACAAAAAAGGGUAACUUGUUAAUUUAACGUUUAUCUCCAAGAGGAGGAGUAAUUCUGAGGGGUCAAACAAAGAAAUAAAAAAAAAAGUGACAAAAAAGUUAUUUUUAUAAUGAUGAGUUUUGCGGCUCCCAGUUGUUUUUUCUUCGGAAACGGGUCCAAGUGGCUCUUUUUGUCUUAAAGGUUGCAGACCCCUGGCCCAGGACCUCCAUAGGCACCACCAGGCUAGUGCCAUGGAAAGCUCCAUUGUCUCUCUCUCUCAAGAGGCAGAUGCCAACAACCUUAAGAGGACUCCAUCCAGAACUCCUCAGACUCCAUUGGUUUAUGGCAGUUUCCCCCAAACAUGAGUCCCCAGGUGGUGUUGGACUACAAUUCCCAUCAUUCCCAACCAGUAUGGCCAAUAGGGAUGAUGGGGCUUGUAGUCCAAUAACAGCCGGUUAGGUGCAAUGGUCAGGGAAGACUAUGGUCUAUGGGAUGCAACAUCUCAAUAGGUCCAUGGAGUCGAAUGAUGGCUACAAACCUAAAUCUCAUCAGGAAGUGGCCUGACUGCGACAAGAGUGUUAGGAUGAAUUGCACAGAUAGCUCAGUUGGUUAGAGUGUGGUGCUGAUAAUGCCAAGGUUUGCAGGUUUGAUCCUCGUAUGGGACAGCUGCAUAUUCCUUCAUUGCAACUCUGAUUCGAUGAAUUCCCUCACAUCUAGAGUACAUCUAGAGCUCAGAAUACCUGACCCAGAGUGUGGCCUGCCACAUGUAUUGCGUGCUGUAGUCCAAAAAAAUCCAAAGGGCAUCGUGUUGGGAAAGGCUGAUCCCUGUAUCUAGAGACCAACACCAGCUACAAACAUUCAACUAGACUAGAAUAGGAGAUGGAAUUCAUGUAGAGUACAGCAGCCUCUUCCCAUGAGCCCUGAGACGAUGUUGGCAAUGAAUCGAGGACCCAGGCUUACAGAUUCGAAUCAGCUUAUGAGUAUUUGAGUAGGAGCACUUGCUUUUUGUGUGGCCCCAAUCUGAAUGCUUGUGACACCCCUAGUCCUACUUCUGAACUUCCCAAGAGCACCUGUUGGGCCAACUCCUGAAAGCGAGGGAUGCGGGUGGCGCUGUGGUCUAAACAACUGAGCCUCUUGGGCUUGCCGAUCAGAAGGUCGGCAGUUUGAAUCCCCACGACGGAGUGAGCACCCGUUGCUCUUUCCCAGCUCCUGCCAACCUAGCAGUUCGAAAGCACGCCAGUGCGAGUAGAUAAAUAGGUACCACUGCGGCGGGAAGGGAAAUGGCAUUUUCGUGCGCUCUGUGACAGAAGUCACAGAAGCGGUUUAGCCAUACUGGCCACAUGACCCGGAAAGCUGUGGACAAACGCUGGCUCCCUUGGCCUGAAGCAAGAUGAGCGCCGCAACCCCAUAAUCUCCUUUGACUGGACCUAACCAUCCAGGAGUCCUUUACUUUUUACUUUACUUACUCCUGAAAGCGGUAUGUGUAGGACUAAAUGUUUCCAUGUUCUUUCUUCUCACCUGCCCCCUCCCCUUAUGUAGGAGACAAGGGGAAGGAUGCUGUGAAUUGCACUUACAAGGACGAGAAUGACUGCGUGGUACGUUUCCAGUACUAUGAAGACUCCAGCGGCAAGUCCAUCCUCUAUGUCAUUGAGGAGCCAGGUGAGGAUGAAAAGCCACAGAAAUGAGGCUUGAUCUUUGGAGAUUAGUCCCCCCACCACCCGUGCUUAAUCUGCAACCUGAGAAAUGCAGCUGCAGCGAUGCACACAAAACGUCAGAUAGUUUCAUUAGCUGGGGGAAACCUUUUUAAGAAGGUUCCUGCUGCAAGGAACUUACAAACUUAAUUUAUGUGUUGGGGAAGGAAAGAGAAGAAGUAAGGGAGAUGUUCGUUUGUCAAAGAGCACAUAUCUGCCAACACAGCAGAACGUACCCAAGACUGCUUCUGUAGUAGAUGAGGGUCAAGCCAAAGGCUUCAUGGGAAAAUGGGGAUUUAGAAGGAAGAGAGAAACUGGAACCACAUAGAUGGCCAAGGAAGGUAUGGGGAAUCAGAAACUUAAUAGGCAGAUCUCUGUUAAGCUAGAAGUAUCAAGUUGGAGAGUGAACAUCCAAGAUGGGAACAUUUUGAGCAGUGAUGAAUUAAGCAAAACCAAACUGAAGCAAACAUUAUUUAUACAAUAGUUUAUGCUGCACAUUAAAAGGGCCACCAGAGUGACUUAACAGUAAUAAAAGCAUAAAUAGAAUGAAACAGAUGACUUUCUUUUUGCUUAGGUUAGCAAAUUCUGCCCCUGUCUGUGCCUGCUGAUAGAUCAGCAAAGGGGAGCGAGAGCUAUAGUCUGUCUCCCACCUGCCUGAUAAGGCUUGUGAUCAAAAGUUCCAGGGAUCGUCAUAUAACACACACCCCCCCAAAAGAGAAUGACGGAGAUUGGGCGUGUUCAGGGUAGCCUGGCCGUAGACCCCCAAAAGAGAAUGAAUAAAGGCACCAACAAAUGCACCCCUAGCCACAAGGGGCAUGAACCUGGCCAGUGACUCAGAUGCAACUGUGUUGCACAGAGGAGAUUGACACCCAGCUGGGGUAGGUUUCAUGGGCCUGGCCAGACUUCAGUGGGGAGCAGUUUUGAGGCCAGCUAAUGCCUGGUGAGAAACCACAAAGCUGCCAGUUCUCUUGCGACUCCAUGGGACUUAACGCAUACAGUAAUGUGGAAGUAAGACAGAGUUGGAAAUCUUUGGCUAUCCAGUACGCUUUCUGGGGAGGAUCUUGCGACAGUUGCUGCAUCAUCAAAACAUCAUCAGAGACUGUUGAGACCUGCAACUCCCUCCAGGGCAGGAUUCCAACUGCCUGAGUCAUUGUACUCAGUGGCCUAAAUAUGCCUUGGUCUUCCAGGGAGGAGGUUCUUAACUGUGUUGAUCUGGCUGUUAGGGAGGCUUUGGUUGUGCCCACAUUGGGUCUGAUUCUCUGUCGUUUAUGUCCUUGUCUUGGGCUGCACCUAGAUGAGAGUUUAUCCCACGUUUGAUUUAGCGCUAUAGCACUUGAAUUGCAGAAAAGGCAAGUGUCGGAUCAGAACUAGGACUGAGACGAAGGUGUGGAGGUGUUUUGCGAAAAUCCGAUCCCCUUCUCAGUUAAGUGUAAAUGUCUCCUAAAAUGCCCAUCUUCCACCUAGCUGGGCCUCUAGCAAAUGAGCCCGGCUUGCAGAAAACCUAUUAGAACUGAUUCACACAUGACAUGUGCAGCUGUUGAUGGCUAGCAGCUGAAUGUGUGGUCAUAACUCGAUGUGGCAGUCGUGAAGAGAUGAUGAACAUGCAUGUGUGAAACAGAACCAUCAGCUGGGCACAAAAGGCCCCCAAGCUCUCUGUCCCCACAGUAAUACUCCCACAGCUCAGAAGCAGAGACCAAAUAUCUUGAGGUGGUUCUUGCAGAGCAACUGCUUCUGGUGAAUAAGGCAGGGGAGCCACUCUCAAAAAAGGGAUUUAUGUAUGCCACGACUGUGGCUUGUGUUUCAUUAGAAGAGUUUGGAUUUGAUAUCCUACUUUAUCACUACCCGAAGGAGUCUCAAAGCGGCUAACAUUCUCCUUUCCCUUCCUCCCCCACAACAAACACUCUGUGAGGUGAGUGGGGCUGAGAGACUUGAGAGAAGUGUGACUAGCCCAAGGUCACCCAGCAGCUGCAUGUGGAGGAGCGGAGACGCAAACCCGGCUCACCACAUUACAAGUCUACCGCUCUUAACCACUACACCACACUGGUGUUUUCCAAAAUGGAAAAUGAGCGAGGUGCCAACUAUAGAAGAAUGGCAACAUAAACUGACAGAAUAUGCAUAGCUUGUGGACCUAACAUAUAGAAUAAGAGAACAAGAAGAACAUAUGUUUAAAGAAGAUUGGAAAAUGUUUAUUGAAUAUAUGGAGGAAAACUGUGCAUAUUUGAAAACAUGGACAGCAUUAAGAUAAAUUUGACAAUGUAAAUAAGUUUUGAUGGAUGUAGUGCAAAAUGAACCAUGGAAAGAGAGGAAGGGAAGUCAUUGAGGGGAGCCACUCUCAUGUGGGAUGGAAAUUAUUGUGCAUUCUCAGUAGAGAUCUCUACUGGUGUGCAGAUGUGAGUUGUGGAGAGAGGAUGGGAAUAUCAAAGUAGGAAACUUAGGAAGUUUCGCAGCCCUUGCGGGAUAACACGUGCUUCUCUUGCAGACUGUCCCAAGGGGCCGGACAUCCUGGUCGUUCUCCUUUCUGUGACGGGAGCCAUUUUGCUUAUUGGCUUGGCUACUCUGCUCAUCUGGAAACUGCUCAUCACCAUCCACGACCGGCGGGAGUUCGCCAAGUUUGAAGAAGAGCGGGCCAGGGCUAGAUGGGACACGGUGAGAAACACAAGAGGCGGUUGAUGGGGGAGUAGAGAACAGCCCUUCAACAUUUCUGCUGCAGCGGGGGAAAGAGUUUCUUGCAGUGAUCCCUAGUUCAGCUUCCAUAUUCUGGCAAUCCUCAUGUUGUGGAUCAUUUCAGCCACGGAUAUCAGGCUUAUACCAGUUUGCAAACUAGACAUUGAGGGGGAAACAGUGUGGGUGUCGCCAACUCACAUCCAUUCCUAUUUCUCCAGCACUGUGCUGCUGAAAAAACAUAUGACUAGACUCAUUGUGCUAGCAUUUCCUGCCCUUUGCUCUGCUUCAUUAACUAAUGCCUGCAGGGAAGGAGAGAAAAACACUAAAAUAAUGAUGACAUGUCAUGUUCUCAAAUGCACGCUGCCAGGGAGAUAUGCUAGAACCCGUGUGCUUUGGGUAUAUUACAGAAUCCUGGGGUUGUCAGUUUGGUGAGAAUAAUUAGAGAUUCCAAUCCCUGCCUCGCAGAAUUAUGUUUGCCAGGGUACACUGGGGCAAGAGAACUGUUAAACUGGUUUAAGCCUAUAUGCAGACACCUUUUGACAAUGGCCGUGAAUUAGCAGGUACAGGUUAUGGUUUGUGCCAAUUCCUUUACCCUGCUAUAUUUCUCUGUUUCAGGCCAACAACCCAUUGUACAAAGGAGCUACCUCGACCUUCACCAACAUCACGUACCGUGGGAAUUCGUGA